AUGCAAAUCAGUGAGGUAUGGUUCCUCAUUCAGUUUGGUACAAAGAGCCGUAGUGCCAUGGGGGAAAUCAGGACACGCAGAUCAGUGCUUUUCUGCAUGGGGUGCCUGGACCUGGCCUCAUCUUUUAAGGUGCCACCAAACGCUUUGUUUUUGCUAAUGUAGACUAACAUGGCUACUUUACUGGAAUCCUGUCCUAGUUACUCAAGCAUAAGUGCCAUUGACGUCCAUAGGGCUACCCAUGCAUAGCAGGUGCCAGGAUCGCCUAUGUUGUAUGGCUGAAGCUCUCAUCUCUUGGAUGUCGUCAGGCUGUGUGACAUUGAAGUGGACUUUGGCUUUUGUGAGCUGGAGCUAACAAUAUUGGGAUGGUGGUAGCCUGUUGCCCCACCUUGGCAAGAGCAGUAGCUACAUAGUACCAUCCUUUGUUAGAUGACUGGCCUCAAAGGUUUCUAAGCCGUUGUCUUAAAAGUUGAGCCAUUUCCCAUGCUAUUAAUUGGUUCUGGUAGGUUUUUGCUCUCGUUCCUGCUAAGGUUAUAGGAAACUAUGUGUGGUCUCAAGGCUCACACUUUGAAGCCUGGCAUUAAGCAAACCCACACACUUCAGAUUUAGUAUUUGCAGUUUCUUGCUCUUUUGUUUUUAUUUUGGAUGACGUUCACUGCAAAUAUUCAUUCAGCCACUGAUGUCUACUAUAUCUGGGCAACCUGCUGUGUGAGCAACAAUAGAGUAUUGGAAUCCUUUUCCAAAGGAAGAAGUUGGUUGCUUUCAGACGAGUGGCUGUUUUUUAAAACCCUGAAACAGUGGGCUGCAUCCAAUCUUGCCUGAGCAGAUUUCUAAUGGUGCAGUGGGACUUUCUUGCUCCCAUCUUCCCACAGAAUCCCGAGAAUUCUCUCUGGGAGAUCAGGGGACCCUCGGGAAAGGCCUGAGAUGGGAUGGGAUGGGAAGUUGCAGUGGGAUGUUGAAUUUUGUGCCAGCUGCCUCCCAAUUUUAGGCAACCCCUCUCCUCUUGCUAGAUCUCAGGCCUUGUCUGAGGGCCCCUCUUCGCAGAAGAGGCUUUUUAGAGGGGGCUGUGGUGGAAUAGAAGGGACGGGAAAGUGCUGUUGCGCAAGCACAUUUCCACUUGUGCGACUUUCCGUACCACUUCCUGAUACUUUAACCCUGGUAUGUGACUUCGAUCCUGGACCCACUUGAAAAUACUGGAAGCUCUCUUUCUACCCUUUUAUUCAGCCCCACUGUCCUGCCCGUCUGGGGAAAAAAACUGCUGUUACUUUUGGCAUUUACUCAGGUGAGCCUCUUUGGCUUCAUCGUCUGGUUCGCUGUUGCUACAAGACACGUCGGGCUCAUUUGGGCUCUUGUAUUCCCACUUAACAUGCGAGAUGUGCUGCCUCCACCUGUAGAUGACUCAGAACUUCGUUUAGCUGUGCAUAUCAGCACUUAGACCAGAAAAGGUUUUAUAAAAGGAGCAUUUGCCUACACUUUUUGUUGUUGUCGUUGCCUUGAAUGUAUUUUGUCAGGUUCUUAAUGUUUAAUGACGGUCUCAUUUCAUACCUUUGUUUUCAAUGUUCAUUGAUUUUGACUCUCUUUGAAGUCUUUGGAUGUGUCUUACAGUGGCAAAAAUGUCAUGCAAAUACAGUAGUAUGUAGAGAGUUAUUCUUGAAACAGACCUCAAGCAGAUGCUAGCUCAGAGAGAAAUUUCUAUAUGUGUAUUGAAAGGAAACUAGCACCCCGAUUCAUGAUAAUUAAAAUAAUAUAAAAUUAUUCAAUAUAGGAAUAUAAAUAUGAAAUUUAGCUAUUUCUUACCUGGCCACAUAUUGAAGGGGUCUAUUCUUAGCUCAAUGCAGAGAUAGUUAUGCUCCCCUCCCUCCUCAGAUAAUCUGCUUUUUGAGAUGAGAAUAUGCUUCAAAAGUGGAUAGUUGCAGUAUUUCCUCAAUUUGCCUUCCCUGAUUGAAAAUAUAAAGGCAUUGCCCAUGAGUUUCAUUUUUAUUAUUCCAAUAUAUAUAUAUAAAUAUAUUUUUAAAAAAUUGUUAUUUUUCAACAGAUCCAUAAAAUUAGGUCUUGGUGUAUGGUAAUUUAAAAUACCACUGUGUUAGUUUACACUGUGAUGUGAUAUUUUAAUAAUUACUUAUUUCUAGUUUUGUCUCAAGAGAUGCUACGUACAAGUAGCAGACUGCUAUGUUUUAAAAGGUGUUUUUAACUUGCCUAUAAAUGUUUUUCUAAUUUGUGUCUUUCAAAUCUGAUUAAACAGUAGUUUAAAAAAAAGAGAGGCCUGGGAUUGUUUUUCUCCAUCUGUUUGGUGCUGUUUAACUUACACAAUGCGAUGCAUUUAAAAACAACUGUUUUAUCCCUUCACUUGAUGAGAGGAGUCACUGCAAAAAGACGCAAACAACCCCAACUUCUACAGCAGACCUACAAUUCACUUACUGAACAGUGUGCAGUGUGUUUUGAAACAUACCAUGAGCAAUGUGACUUUAUAAAUGAAAUCUGGAGAUUUAAUAGAAUCUGGUCCGUCUGGAGCCUGUUCAAACAUUACUUUUUACAAAUGCAAGUGAAGUUAUGUUACUCCCUUAUCUGCAAAUAGGGGAAACGAUGUUAUGAAAACUGGUAGCAUAUGAGUCUGGCAGCUCUUUCGUCCAGAUUAUCCUUUUUUUUAGUGGUUAUCUCUUUCCAUGCAUUUGGAAACAUUGCUUUCUGUAGCACGAAUACAGAUGCACAGUAGAUUUGGUUCCCAAUACGUUCUGAGGAAACGCUGUCUCCAAAUCCAGCUGGUUGCACAUAAUGGGACUUUGAGAUUACAAAAAGCCAGACUCUGACCAAAAUUUUACUCCGUGGUGAGAGAGACUCCAUUUCUGAUACUAGUGCUCUGAAUUUUUUUUCAGAGGCUGACAACUCUGCACUUGCAUGUCCAAAACUCGAGCCAGUUCUGAUCCAGAAUCGAAAGAAAUGGGAUUAAAAGACAGGCUAUCUAUGUCUGUUGCAGACUUCCAGAGAAGUUGUUUGAUUGGAGUUGCACUAGGGGGCACUGUUGAUCUCUUAUCAGAAUGCAGGGCAGGAGCAGUGGGCAGAAGCAACCUCUUAAGAAGAAUCAUUGAAAUGGAAAAUUACUUUGGAAAUGGUGAGAUGUGGGGAUAAGGGUCAAAGACGCGUCUCUCGAGAAGCAGCUGACAACAAAGCUGCAAAACAAUACAAUUAAAAAACACACCACAAUGGGAGGAAUUCAGCAUCACACACUUCCAAUUGUUCCAUUCAUACAAGCAUUUCUGUUUGCCUGGAGGAAUGAUUCCCCUCUGCCUGCCAUGUGGUUUUCUGGGGAGUCUCCAGACCCUUCCCCACCCCGAGGAGAAAAAGUCCUGCUGUGCCACUUCCUAGUACAACUACUUAACUUGAAUCCAACUCGCUUUCAUGGCAUAGCUGUCAACUUACAGAUCUGAAAAUAAGGGACCAGCAGCCAAAAUAAGGGACCUGCAGCCUCACCUGUUCCAGGCACUCCAGUCUUCCUGUCCUCCUGCAGUCUGGUCAAACUCAUGCUGGGUAGCUUCAAGAACACUGUCCAACCAACUUUGUAACCAGAGGUUCAACUGAAUAGAAUCUGAAUCACAUGCACCACAAGGCCUAUGCAGCCUCAACUUAAGAUGGCUCCCCGGCCUGGCUUUGCACUGCAAAGUUUGCAGCAGCACGUGCAACAAAAUGGCGUCCAGCACUCAAAACCCCCCUCAGCUUGCAUUAACUAGCCGCACACAAGGCAUGCAAGCUCCACCCCCCAGUCGUUCUUAGACUUCUUAUUGGGUGAGCAACACCGCCAAGCAACACAGUUGGAGCCUCCCUCCUCCCUGGCUGGCAGGGAGGGAGGGAGAGGAGCUGCUUCCUUUGAAAUUUAAGGAACAUCAUUUAAGGGACAUUUAAGGGACAUCCAUCAAUAAGGGACAGCAGCGGGACAUGGCGCUGGAAUAAGGGACUGUCCCUUCAAAUAAGGGACACUUGACAGCUAUGUUUCAUGGGUCAGCGGAAACCAGACAGCACCCAAUCAGGGGUGGAGUUAGCUGCUCCGUCACCUGGGGGCGGGGCCAUGGGGUGGGGCGAGCGUCCCAGGGGCGAGGCAAGCACCCAAGAGGGUGGAGCAAGCCACCCAUGGGCUGCUUCCUGGCCGGUGGGGGUAGGGGGAGGAAGUUGUGCUGCUCUGCCAGCAGCCUUCCUCCCUUCCCUCUUCCUUUCGACAGCUUGGGGGAGGUUCCCACCCCCAGGAAGCAGCCCGGGAUCGGGGGGGGGGCAAGCCUCUUCAAGCUGUCAAAACGAAGGGGUGAAGGGCGCUAGCAAGGUGGCGCAGCUCUGCCCAUUCCCCCGACGGCUAGGAGUAGGCUUGGGAGUCGCAGGCAGGUGGCGCGCCAAGUGUCACCCCCCUCCGUAAGGACACUCAGGGUGGGCCGCCCCCACCUGCCCCCUUCCUCCGCUCCUGCACCCAAUAGUGACCCAAUGUGGCUGAUAUUGGGAGAGGUACUGUUUUAGGUGGGAUGAGGGUGGUGCUGUGGGUUAAACCACAGAGCCUAGGACUUGCCAAUCAGAAGGUUGGCGGUUCGAAUCCCCGCAACGGGGUGAGCUCCUGUUGUUCGGUCCCUGCUCCUGCCAACCUAGCAGUUCGAAAGCACGUCAAAGUGCAAGUAGAUAAAUAGGUACCGCUCUGGUGGGAAGGUAAACGGCGUUUCUGUGCGCUGCUCUGGUUCGCCAGAAGCGGCUUAGUCAUGCUGGCCACAUGACCUGGAAGCUGUACGCCGGCUCCUUUGGCCAGUAAAGCGAGAUGAGCGCCGCAACCCCAGAGUUGGCCACGACUGGACCUAAUGGUCAGGGGUCCCUUUACCUUUACCUACUGUUUUAGGUGCUAUUCUCUUUCCCAAGCUACUUAAAGUAUAUGAAAGUGUUGGGAGCCAUCACCCUGGGAUUUUUAUUACGGAUUCCUCUCUCGCCACUACACCUGAUAAAAGAAAGAAAAAGUGUAUACCUUUUAGAUAUAUGAGCGAUUUCUUUUAACAUUCAAACUGGAACCUUCAUCCGUUUCCUGCGCUCUAGUUCCAUUCCUGACAAAGUAAGACUGCAGUCGGCAAAAACACUUGUUCUGAAAAACCAAGUUAGUAUUUUAAAGCACUGAUAAAAUCCAGUCUGUCUUUGUUAAACAAACAAGAGGCUAACCAUAGCCCUGAACCUCUAAUGAAAGGUGGGAAAGGAAAAUUUGAAACAAUGCAGCGUUUUCACAAAACACAGCAUUCCAGAAAUUUCACUGCAAAAGAAGCUGCCUUAUAUUAAGUCACACCACUGACCCAUCUAACUGAUUAUUGUUGACACUGACAGGCAGCAGCCAGGAAUUGAACCUGGAGCUUUGUGUCUGCAAAGCAGGUUACCCACUACGGAGCUACAGUCUUCCCCCUAAGUCCCAACACAUCUUCCUCGAGGUUUGUCAAACAGAACUACAAAACAAGAAACUAAGAACAAGGUCACACGUUACAAAAUGAGACUGUAGUGCUUGCUUCUCAGUUGUCAUGGAAACCUAGCAGUUCUCCCAGUAAUUUGGGACUGAAAAUGAUUGGAGAGUAACAAUUGGCCUACUUGGCUUUUUUGGAUUAGAGCAAAUGGCAGGAAGUUUUAAUAGCUGGCAUGAUUAUUCUCUGAAGCCAGUGCUUUUGCCUUCACAAAUUAUGUACACAGAAGCAGCGUGAUAUCUGGAGGGAGUUCAUUGGGCCAAGGAAUACAGUAUGAGGACCUCCUGGAUUUUCAGUGGAAAACGAACCAGAUGCUAAUCCAGUGUGGUUCCAACAGAGCUGUGUCAGACUCUGUUUGUAGUUUACUUUGCUUAGCUUAAAUGAAGGAUGAGGAUUCUGCGGCCCUUGGGUAAACACUACAACACUUAUUAUGCUUGACCACUGACAGUGGCCUGGGGCUGAUGGGAGUUGUAGUCCAGCAAUAUCUGGAGGACCACAGGUUCCCCCACUUCUGGUGUAUGAGGAGCUUGGAGCUACACAUUAGCAAUAUUUACUUGUCCAUUGUCUUUUGUUGUGGACCAAAAGGAGAAAAGAAAAGAGCUGUGUAGGCAAUGCUGAGAGAAACUAGGCACAGAAGGGCUUAAUGAAGGAAGUUGUCCUUAUCCCCCGCCCCCCCAUUUCUACCGCCAACAAAACAACAAGUGUUCUAGACUGUUUACAAAGAGCACAAAACAUAAAAACCCCAUAACACACACAAAAGUAACACAAAAGAAUGGGAGAAACUAGGAAGAGCCAACACUACAGCAGAAAUAAAACGCUAUGCUGAAAGUUUUUUUGGGGGGAGGGAGUGUUAUGGUGAUGGAGCAGCAGUGGUAAAUAGGGAGACAAAUGAAUCGCUAGGGGCAGAGAUUUCCAUACCAUAGAUUCCACACAGUGCUGGUUGGUGCUCAUUGGGACUGGUAGGGCAGAAGACAGAAAGCCCACAGUAGGUAGAUGCAGAGCCCACUAAACCUUGUUUUGCCUCCUAUCUUCUCUUUGCUGAGUUCGCCAACAAGCAACAUGGAGAAGAAGAAAGAGGAAACUGACAGUCAAUGACACUCCCUGAGCUGGAUAUGAGUAAGAAGCUAGGCAAGUUGGGGAUGGCUGAAGGCAGACUGAAGUUGGUGGGAUAGUGCCCCAUUUACCCUACUGGUGCCAGCCUCUGUUGGUGCCACAACCAAAAAAUACCUCCUGUUGUAUCCCCACAAGCCAAACCUCAGGUGAGAAACAUAAUGAGGCAUGAGGACCUCUUUAGAUGACCUCAUGAGGUAUCUGUAUGUCAUUGUCACAAAGGUUUAUGGGAAUCGUGAUAUAGAUGCAUGGUCAGUUCAGCAUCUUAAGGCAUUUAAAUAUGCCUAUUAUAAGGCCUUGUCUGCAUAAACUUGCCAUCCUGACCUGAUGGAAAGUUUAAUUUGUCCUUGCCCCCAUCACACCCCUCUGGUAACUCUAUGUUCCUGUCAGAGAAGGAUCAGGGUGCAAAUCCCACACCCAUUUUCUGGGGUAUAAAUCUCACUGGAUUCAGUAGGAUUUCCUUCACAGUGGAGGGGUUGUUAAUUGGCUGUAAGAAUAAUCCAUCUCAGUCUAAACUUUCCUGCAACUGUAGGAUCAAAAGGGGCGAUGCUUGCAGGCCAAUCCUUAGGAAGCCCAAUUCAACACUGGAUUGAGCUGUGACCAGUGCACUGCAAGGGUUAGGAUAUGAAGAGCACUUGGCAGCUAGCUUGUGUUCAUCAGUGAACUGAAUGCCCCAUGAAUUCAGGUUCCUUAGGAGUUUAAGAAGUGCAUCUCCAAUUGUGAAAUCUGAAUGGCAGGCUUUAGAGAAUAUGUCAGCUUUCUAAGUUUCCUGCUGUUUGCGUUAAUCCUAAUACAUGAAAAGCCAAGCAAGCCAAUUAGUCUUGAAGCAUUUUCAGUCUAUUCCUGGAAAAGAGCCGACAAAAUAGUUGCUAGGUUUCUAUGACAAUUUAGCAAUGCUUAGAUUCAGGCUCAUCUUGAAAUGAAUUCUAGGAAAGUCACAUGACCUUAAUCAACACCCUCUUUUAUAUUUGGCUGUUUGCCAGGUUGGAAGUCUUCCAUUUCAUGACAUUUCCAGAAUUCCAUGCUUAGUAAAACAGCAACAAUAACCUUGACCAAACUGGGCAUCUAUGCAGAUAUGUGUAAAAUUAUCCCAAUGUUCCUCACCUUUUUUUGGGAAGGGGGAGCCGUUUUCUUAAAGGAUGCCCAUUUAUUCUUUUCCUCCCUUUAACCCACUCUUAAAGGCAUUCUCUCCAGGUAGAGUUUAAAAUAAACAUCUGAAAAUGCUUGCUACUGUGCUGGAAAGGGCAUUAUACCUGGGGAGUGCAGUUACAAUUUCAAAUUACUCACAGGAACUAUUAUUAGAGUUGUAUAUACCCUGCAGUCAGGCUCUUCCUACAACUUCUGAUGGCAGCAAUUAACUUUACUCUUCUCUUAACUUGUUCAUAAACAGAGGACACUCCCUUCUGUAACUGUUUUAUAAUGUUUAUGGGCUAGAUUACUAGUUCCACAGGGCAGGGCAGGGUUAGUAAACCAUAUUUUUAAAAAUAGACUAACCCUAACCGCAUUUACUGGCAAACAAGUGCCCCAGUGCAGAGCAUAGGAUGGUUUGAUUUCAAAAGAUUUAGGCAUCCAAAGGUCUAUGCCUCUCCUCGCUAAAUUCUAUACGCAUAGACUCCAGGUUUAAUCACAUUUACUCGAGAGCAAAAACCCCCAUCAAACUUAAUGGGAUUCCAGAAUAAACCCAGUGAACAUGAUUGCACUGCUAACCUCUUGUUGAGUGUGCCUACAGGAAGGGCCGGCCUUCCAGAGGGCCUUCUUGGUAGUGGCUCCAACCCUGUGGAUGUCAAGGAGAUGAGUAACUAUAUAACUUUUAGAAGACAUCUGAAGGCAGCCCUGUAUAGGGAAGCUUUUUAAGGUUUAAUGUUUCAUUAUGUUUUUUAUAUGUGCUGGAAGCUGCCCAGAGUGGGCUGGGGCAACCCAGUGAGAUGGGCGGGGUACAAAUAAUAAAUUAUUAUUAUUAUUCUAUGAAGCGAAAUGGGAAUCAGCGCCUCCUGCCUCAACCACUUCCAUGGGCGGAGUGCCCUGGCUCUUGCCGAACUUAGCUGCAGCCAAGGUGGCACCUUAAAGCAUCGCCGCUCCGCUUCUCUGUGUGCUGGAGAGCCUCUGCCCAGUACCGGAUUAAACCCUGUGGAGGUCCCUAGGCAUUUGAAAUCUUGGGGGUCCCCCCACACCCCCCUGCAAAUUAUCUCCUAAUACUUGGUUGCAAUUUUCUUUCAAGACCAAAUCAAUAUUAUUUUGAUCCAUUGCCUCACAGAGUGGGACAGCGCUGCAUACAGUCAUAUGGCAUAAACGUGUUAUAUGGGAUAUAGCUCUUAAUGAUAAAUUAACAUGUGCCGUUAAGGUAAGACGGGGAAUGUGCAGGAGAAAUUAUUUCGAGGAGAUAUGGAAGGUGUUUGCAGAAUUUCUGCUGUUAUAACAGGAAAGGGCUCAAACCAUCGCAUGAGGUGCUGAAAUUUUGGGAGGUUAGCUAGUUACAAUGGAAUGGUCUCAGUCAGGGCGGGAUUUAGAUUUGACGAGGCCCUAAGCUACUGAAGGUAAUGGGGCCCUUUAUAUGUCCAGCUGUCCUUCAUCAACAACAAAUUGUUGCUGUUUUUUGUGAUGAAUAUAUGGUAAUUUAUGGACCUAAUAGGUAUUGAAAGCCAUUUGCACGUAACAAAAUAUGUAUUUUAUCAAAGUAAUUGUUGACCUUAUCUUAUAUUUUGGAAAUGUACAUCCAGUUUCCCCCUUUAAAUUUUUUGACGGCCCCCAAUAGAGUGGGGCCCUAAGCUAUAGCUUGUUUAGCUUAUAUGUAAAUCCGGCACUGGUCUCAGUGGUGGGGUGCACAUUUUUUAUUCUUAUAUAUUUAUGAUUAUUACUUGGUCAAAAUAAAAAAAUAAAAGGGGGGGGGAAGGACUUCCCGGAAUGUGUGUGUGUGUGUGUGUGUGUGUAUGUAUAUAUGUAUAUAUAUAUAUAUAUAUAUAUAUAUAUAUAUAUGUAUGUGUGCUAUAGAUUUUGUUUCCUUUUUAACUCCCUCUUCACAACCAAGAGGUGUAUAAUAUCAACGUGAUAAAAUAAAAUAAGGAAGGAAGGUGCAUAGCUGUCAACUUUUCCCUUUUCUUGCGAGGAAUCCUAUUCGGAAUAAGGGAAUUUCCAUCUCAAAAAAAGGGAAACGUUGACAGCUAUGGGGGGGUGCCACAGGGCUCUUUGUUGCACAGUAAACGGAGAGGUCGGGUCCCCCCCCCUCUGUGGAGCUCUUGACAUGGGCGUAGCCUGGAUUUUUGUUGGGGGGGGGGCGACAGAAACUCAGAUUUGUAUUGAUUUGUAUUGAUUUAGAGAGGGGGGGCUUUGCCACCCCCAUGACCCCGGACACGGGGAUGCCGUGUUGUGGUUCAAGCAGACCCAGCCCAGCAGCGCUCAACCCCGAGCAGAGCGCGCCUCCUGCCCCCGCCCCGCCCGGCGUUCAAUCUCGCCGCUCUCAGGCUCGCCCGCCUCAGCCCGAGAAGGAGGAGGAGGAGGAGGCGAGCCGCGCCCACGUGACCGCGCCGAGAACGGAGCGAGGGGCGGAGAAGGCAAGAUGGCUGCCGCCGCUACUUGCGGGGAGUGGUGAAGGAGGAGGAGAAGCUCCAGACCCUCGCCGGGCUCUGAGGCGGCCCUGACGCUGCCACGACGACCCCCUUCGCCCUCUUCCUCCAUCCAGGGUCUCCCGUUCUUGCUGGUAAGGAGAGUUUGAUGGGCUAGGGGCUCCGGGGAAGGGUGGUCGUGUGAACCUGUCAAAACAAAGGGAAGUGGAGCCGGCACCGCCCAGCAUCCUCUUCCUCCCCCAAAUCCCACCACCUCGCAGUCAGGCGGAGGAGCCAUGGUGGAAGGCACAGAAUAGCGGCGGUGGGGCUGGUUGUCGCUGCCCAGUUACUUUUGGAGGAGGACAGGUUGCUGCUUUAGCCUCUUCAGUAUGUAUUUCUUCCGCCCUCCCCCCCUUCCUCGAUGACGUCCCCGAACGUGUGAAUGUUUUGGACGCGCGUCUGGGUGGGUUCUUCUCUUCAGUCCCCGCUUGUUUGCGGUGUCAGUCAAAACCCCGCGAGUUGGCGUUGUCUUGGGGGUGAGAAAUUGUAGGACAAGGGGGUCGCUGUGUUAGGCUGAAAUCCUGCACUCGUUUACCUGUACUCAAUGGGGUUUAUUUCUUUACCUUGUCGCCCUUUUAUUUCUUAGUAGAUGUGCGUGUGGGUUGUGCUGUGUCACAGAAAACACACCCGUCUUUUGUGUGCCUGAAAGUCUAACCAGUGUUUUUUGGUGUAUAAAUCUCCCCGUUUAGCCUUUAAGGAGCCACUGUUUUUUCCUAGUGGGAAUGAGUAAUUGGUUUUCCCCUAAGGAAACAAAACAGACAAGUAAUCCCAUCUACCAGGGGAUAUCUUGUAAACCUGUGUAAAAGCAACAGUCUCAGAUUUAACUCUCUGUGUGUGUGUGUCCUUGCAUGCAUACUCAUAAGCAAUACCUAUUGACUUAAAUGAGCCUUACUUCCAGGUAAGUUUAUUUCAUUGCUGCUUUAUUGUAGCCUUGUCUUUGGUGCAGUACAUGAAGGACAUCUUGAAGCUUAUUGUCAAAGGAGACGCUGUCUAAGCAUGGUUGAUGGCUGAAUUUUGUUAGCAUUGUUAUCUUAACAUUUUUUUAAAAAAUCAGAGAAUAGAAUUCAUACUAUUGGCUGUGUGCUAGGUGCUGUGCAGACACAGUGUCUAGUUGAUUUGUAGUUUAAGAAAUGCAAGAAUGAAAGUGAAUGGAGAAAUGGCUGGAAGCCUUCCAGGUUUUAUAUGUGCCCUAAGAACAGAAUGGUUUUUUUAAAAGAACAUGAAAAAGUGGAAUUUCAAAAACAGCACAUGGUAGGUAUGAGCAAUAAUGGUUGCCAGAUCCAGUUAAGUAUGUGGUGUCUGAAUGGUAUUACAGUAUUCAUGUGAGUGGGUGGAAGGAUAUAUUGUGAUCAAAAAUAUUAUCACUGAUUGUGAUUAUAGUAAUUCCUUUAUUUUUAACUUUUAUUUUCAUUCAGUUAGCUAUUUCUUUCAUUUUCUUGUAACAGGAGAAUAACGAGAAUAUUUACUGAAUUACAGUUGUAGAGGAAUUAAUGUGUUGAGGGGUGGGGAAUCCAAGAAAAGGGAAGCAACAGUGUUCUAUAAGAAUUUGUGAAAACAAAUGAUUAAGAAUGAAGAGUAGCAUUAAUUAUUUUGGAAGUGGUGAACCUGCUUAUUAUUUCUAUAUUUGACUGGGGAAUCAUUAUAUAGGGUUUUCUGAGAUGAAUACAUCCAGUGUUUAAAAUCUAAAUGUUCCUGAGGUUAUUAAUAAUUAUGCAGUGUUUUUAACUGUCUGGUGUUGGCCUCUUCAUAUUCACUUAUUUAUACAGUGGUACCUCAGGUUACAUACGCUUCAGGUUAUAGACUCCGCUAACCCAGAAAUAGUACCUCGGGUUAAGAACUUUGCUUCAGGAUGAAGAACAGAAAUCACGUGGCGGGGGCGUGGCAGCAGCGGGAGGCCCCAUUAGCUAAAGUGGUACCUCAGGUUAAGAACAGUUUCAGGUUAAGAAUGGACCUCCGGAACGAAUUAAGUAUGUAACCAGAGGUACCACUGUACAUAUCUGAAGAAUUUUUAUCCUUCUCUGACCAAAAAAGAUCCCCAGAGUAGCUGUUCCCUAAUGAGAUGUGCCGGGUGCUAAAAUUAAUAUUUUUUUGGCUUUAGGCGAAGACUUUUCUCUCCUCCUAGGCAUUUGACACUUAACCUGCUGGGUGUUUAAAUUGGUCUGUCUUCCUCUAGUUAUGAGAUGUUGCUUUUAGAAUUGUGUUGACAAAGUGGUUGGUUGUUGUUGCGUCUGUUUUUAAUUCUUGUAUAUUGGGUUUUUUAUAUCAGGUGGCUAUGAAAUAGUAUAAAUAAUAAAUAAUAAUUAGAGAUCAAAAGGGAGACAGUCCUUGUCCUCAGACUUACAGUCCAAAACAGGGGAGGGCUGGAGGGGAGGAGGAAAAAGUCAACCCAGGCCCCAGGUAUUAGUUACAAACUCAUAGAACGAACAGCUCGGAUUGGAACUAUUUUGGAGAGAUGACAAGCCAAAGGUUUCUGCGCUCUGAGUUGGGCUAAUAGUGGCCCUGCUUUCACUCCCUCUCCUAUAGUCCGAUGAAAUAGCUUUUGCCAGGUAACAAUUCAUGGAGGGAGGAAUAUAACUGAAUGCAUUACAAAUGAUUGUGUUAUACCUGUAUAGUGUUCUUACUAAUGGCACCUGUUGUGUGUGUGUGCUAGGUCUGUUUGUAGCCUUGCAGAUCAGUGAGUGAUUGUGUACAUCAUGGAUAGGAAAACUAAGGCCUGGGGGCUGGAUCUGGCCCAAUCACCUUCUAAAUCCGACCCGCGCACGGUCCGGGAAUCAAUGUGCAUUUACAUGAGUAGAAUGUGCCCUUUUAUUUAAAAUGCAUCUCUGGGUUAUUUGUGGUAUUUAUUUUAAGUAUUUCUAAACCACCCAAUAACAGUUUCUCUGAGCCAGUGGUAUAACUUAGUUAGUAGACAGUCAAGUAGUGUAGAAGAAGAAGAGGAGUUUGGAUUUGAUAUCCUGCUUUAUCACUACCCGAAGGAGUCUCAAAGCAGCUAACAAUCUCCUUUUCCCUUCCUCCCCCACAACAAACACUCUGUGAGGUGACUGGGGCUGAGAGACUUCAAAGAAGUGUGACUAGCCCAAGGUCACCCAGCAGCUGCAUGUGGAGGAGCGGGGACGCGAACCCGGUUCACCAGAUUACGAGUCUACCGCUCUUAACCACUACACCACACUGUAGAAAUGAAUUUCAUGGAAGAUGGAAAUGGGCAUGGCACAUGCUGGCCCACCCCACCUCCUUGUGUAGAUCAGAGUUUGAACAUGGAGAGAAAAGGCUUAACCUCUCUCCCCACUCUUGCAUAUAGGGCCUGAAUGUGGAAAUACUCAAGUUAUGGUAAGUGUGUGGCCUCUCCUGUGUUUCCCACAGUGUUUGACUAACUGCCCAGGACAUCUAAGGCAGUUUUAAUAUGUUCGUAUUGGGUAGUCUGAAUAUACUACUGCUGGGUGAAGCUGCCAUCGUGGUCUUGAUAUUGAUACAUCACCCAAGCCUAGUACUAUGUAUCCUAAUGAAUAAAGAAAUUAACACCUUAGAAAUGUGUUUCAUAGAGUGCAUUUCCCCUUUUUGAGCUAUGUAUAAGUGUUGCUAACACAGGAGAAGAAUUGAAAUGGGGGGGGGGGGGGCAAAUGAGUGUUCCAGCCAUUACAGGUUUGGGAUUUCUGUUGAGGGAGGCGCUGAUUUAAGCUUUGGGUGUGAAAACUGUAUCUGAUGCUGCUCCAAACCAUCCUAGAUGGGACAAAAUCAGAUGAUGCUUUGACUUAUGGUAAGACUUUGUCAUCAAGCAAUGAUAGGAAAAUUAUGAGCUUUCUCCUAGUCAGAAGCAGAAAUCCUAACAAUAGCACUUCCUUUUGAACUAUCACACACACACACACACACACACACACACACACACUGACCCAUCAUCCGGCAAAUCCUAAUGAAGAGCAUGUUCUUUGUGAACCCCGCUAAAACGUCCUUAGCAUUCCUGAAGCUUCUUGGGUGGUGUGAUGGCACUAAUGGUUUGAAAAUUGGAGAUAAGUAUCCAUUCUGCAUAUUGCAGAGAGAUGACUGCAGAAUCUGCAGUUGGAUCUGAUAGAUUGUAAAUGGAUCUGAACAGCAGGUAUCACCCAGGCCUAACUGGUAUUGUCUGCCUCUGUCCUAGACCUAGUUUUCAGUUGUGUUUCUGCAGGAACAGCUCUUUCUGUCUCAUCCCUUGGCUGUGUCUGUAGUUGGUGGUAUAACACUUAUCCCUGUUUUCAGUCCAUAUAUAGUUACUGAUUUCUAAUAUUUUUGUACUUGGAAGUUUCAGUUGCUCUUUCAAAAAGUUUCUCUUAGUCUUUAAGGUGCAACAAUACUGAUUUUUGUUUUUGCUGCAAUAGAUUAACAUGGCUACCCGCCUCGAAAUGGUUAGAAAUGAGUUUGUGUGGCCAUGGUAGACGUUCAUGUGUAGCAUAUGACUUGCAGUAAUUGACAGAUGGAAACACAACAGACCAUAGUGCAGAAACUUCCUUUGAUGUGCAGCAGUAUGUAACUCUUUUAAGAGUUUUCUAGGAAGUUGCAUAGUAGACUGUUUACAUGGCAGUUUUUAGAAACUGUUAAUUAUGAAUAAGGCAAGCAGAAUAUGGCAAUUACUUGGAAUAGCAUGGUUAAGAAGUAAGUGUUACUGUUGAGAGCUAUUAUCUUUCAACCUUUUCCAUCUGUCUUACGGCAAGUUAGAUUACUGUGAAAUUCUUCUCCUGUAAAGGGAGUACAAUAUGUAACCAUGCCAAAAUCUGUUCCAUAUUCUAUUAUUCCAAGCUUAUAACAGACAGUAUUAAUAUUUCACAAAGUUAAUACAGUACAGUACUAAGAUUCAUUGUAAAUUUGAAAGGAAAUCUAGAAUAACUGAAAGUGCAAUCCUGUGUAUAUCUACUUGGAAGUCAGUCCCAUUCAUUUUAGUGGGACUUGCUUCCAGCCAGGUAAAUGGGUAUAGGACUGCAGUGUGAAACUAUGACUUUCAAAAGCCUCCUCCAUCUGAGUUACUGGAGGUGGGAAAAUCCUGGUAUUUAAGUUGGCUGAUAAGUUUGGAAAUAUCUACAGUAGUACAAAAAACAUUAUAAAGUGCAGUAUAGUCAAAUCUGUAUCCAUAUAUGCAAUCUUUUUAUGUGAAAAUUUGUCAAAAAUACCUCCCCACCCACCCGCAACAAGUCCAUAAAAGUAAGAGUCAAAAAUUAACUUACUUCACCAUUGCAUAUAUGUGGCUGAGGGCAACAUAUGUUGAUGACACUUCCUGCAUUUACACUGUAUGUGGGUUGCUUUUAUGUGGAACUGUCUGCGGACAAAUGCCGGCUCCCUCGGCCUGUAAAGCAAGAUGAGCGCCGCAACCCCAGAGUUGUCUGUGACUGGACUUAACUGUAAGGGAUCCUUUACCUUUUUAAGGCAACAUAAACAUGCUGUAAAUAUUUUUUUAAAAUUAUUUUACUUCCCCCUUUUUAUUUAAAUGAAAUUGGUACAGUGCUCUUGAUAUUACAUAGGUUCAGCCUGUCUUGCAAUUUAUAUUGAAUCUCAGGCAGUUGUGAAUGUUGCCAUUUCAAAACAUACAUGCUGUGUGAUAUCACAUACACAUGGUUCUUUCAGGAAUUUGUUUUUGGCUUCACUGAUGUGUUUGUGUUUUAAUGGUGAUUGCUUCCAGUUGCUUAGAAUAUUAACUUCAUCACCAUUGCCUUGUUACAUUUUGUCUAUUCUAGCAAGCCCCCAUUACCAUUGUACUGUACAACAUUUUUUUGUGUGUAUAAUAGUGACUGGCCGCAUGCCUCAGUGUCUGCAGCUGGAGAGGAGAAAAGUGCUAAGAGUAGUUGCCAGGACUAAAUUACAUGGUAUGGAAGUAGAGAAAGAAAGCAUCCUUGAAAGUCAUUAAUUUACUGCAUGUUUACUCACCUGUUUGUUUCUUGUUUACCUCUUCCGUAUGUUGAUUUGGGCUGCCCCUUUCUCCAUUCUGUCACUUUACGGGCUCUAGUCAUUAGAACUAGUUUGGCUAUCUCCUUGCUGCUGUUUGCAGAAUCAUUGUUUUAUAGCCUGUUAGGGAUAGGCACAGAAGGUAUGAUAAUGGCAUAUGAGGGUUUGUUACAUGUCUCUAGUAAUUGGGCCUAUUCAAGUGGCUUUGCUUGUCCUUAAAAGUCGGAAAGGGUUGGAGGGUGGAUUUGAUCUAAUUCUUGUACAGUUGAGUUGUACCUUGAAAAUCGAAUGGAAUCUGUUCCAAAAGUCUGUUUGACUUCCAAAACGUUUGGAAACGAAAGCCCCGUCAGACGUCUGGCUUUCAAAAAUAGUUCGCAAACUGGAACCGUCACUUCCAGGUUUGCAGUGUUUGGGAGCCAAAACGUUCAAGAACUACCGUAAGCUGUUCAAAAACCAAGGUACGACUGUAUUAUGAAAAUAAUUUAUAUUAAUAAUCAUGUUUUGGAGAGCAUCUGGGAUAGCCUCACAGAUGGUGGGGAGCAGAAAGAUAGAUGGCAUGAGGAAUGAGACGAGAGUUUGUUUUCCACUUUGAGUUACUGCUUGAGGUGUGCUACUGCUUGCCUUGGUCGACCAGGUGAGCAGCAAACUGCAUGGCUGAUAAAGAUAUCAUGUGCUCCACUGGUUCACUUCAGUUGUCCAUUUAACCACAAGUAGCAAGUUUAACAGGCCAAAGAUAAUAUUUUACCUUAACAUGGCUAAUUUACUGAGAAUAGACUAGAGACCAAAUAUGACUACCUGAACAUGCUAACAUGCAAUAGGUGGGUUGUUGUUUUUCCACUCCGUAUGAAGUUGGAGACCUAUGGGGAGUGUUAAGAGCACACAAAGGCUCAAAGCUUUUAUGACUGAAGAAUUUGUUAAGGCCAUCUCUAGGGCUCAGGCUUAUUCCACAAAGCAGUGAGACUUCUCUGUCUUAGACAGGAAGUGCAAAGUUACAAACACCAGCUUACCUCAAAUGCUGCCUCAGCAGCUGGACUUUCUGCCCUUCAGGCUUCUGUUUUCAUUCACCUGCACCAUAUUGCCUUUUAGGGUCAGCAAUCUAAAGAUUGGGUCACCUCUAAUGCAUCACUGAAUGCUUUUACUCAUGUGUAUAAAAUCAGUAAGAUGUGUUGUCGAUCUUAGCUCCUUGUUUCUCUACAGAUGACAACAUGUAUGGCUGAUAAAACCCCACAGGGUGCACACAUUGGUCUCUUACAUAUACACCACAUAUGAUGUGCCCUUAAGUGACUUUUUUCCCUUUUUUUUUGCAGGGGGGACUAUCUAUCCUAACAGACUAUUGAAGGAAACAUUAUUUCCACAUUACUGUAGCAUCAGUCGCUUGCGGUUUAUAUUGAAGUCGCAGAGUAAAGCAAGCAACAUUAAAGAGAGUUCUCUGCUGACUCAGCAGCUAAGUUAUCACAGGAGUUUGAAAUGUGCAAAAUGCAUAUAUAGCAAAGCAGCAAUUGCGUCUUACUUUUAAGCAGUGUAUAUGCUGGAAGCGUAGGUAGCAAGCUUCCAGAAAGCACAUUCAAAUCAAGGCUUGGUAGUGUAAUUAGGGGAAAGUUGACCCAGGUAUCCAAUCUGAACAGGAGUGCAAAAUUGGUGAAAUUAUGUGAUGUUUUCUGCUCUGUUUAGGAUAGCUAGAAAUGUUUUCAAAGCAGUAGGUAGCAGCUUUGUAAGAAGGAGCCAGUGCUUUUCAAGGGCUGUGAAUCCAGUUUUUACUGACAAUUUCAGAUGAAAUAUAUGAUUUAUCUCUCAAAUUGUUGUGUAAAAAUUUGUAUGGUGCCUGGUUGUGCUUGGGUGUGGUAGGACACAGAAUAGAGGGACCUGACCUAGUUGUGGAAGUUAGUUAUUGCUGCUCAUCUCAACAGUUAUGUGCAUACAGGAUAACUGAGAAUAUAUGACCCGAUAGAUGUCAUGUAGGAAGAUCCAUUGUAUUCUGGGGAAGGUGUGUUAAUUUUUUUAUAGUUGUUGUAAGUUACAUGCAUGACAGAAAUUGCAAAUGGAAUAAAUUAUUUUACAAACUAAGUUACUAAUCAAAAAUUUACCUCAAAAUAAUUCGUAAUAUAAAUUAUAGUUCUUUUCAGUAAAUUUCCUACCUUUAUGAUUAUGUCUCUAAUGCACUGCCAAUUUUAUUAGACAGAUUACCUCCAUAGCUCCAAACGGCCAUUCUCUCUCAGGUUUCUACUUUGCUUGCAAAUGUGAGGCUUGCAACCAUGAAUAAAUAAAUACAGAACAGGCUCAUAUAAGUUUACAGCAAUUAGUAAUCUUAAACAGGUAAGAUGGCAGGUCAGAGAUCCUGGGUUUAUAUUAACUUCAGUCAUCAGUGGUUUUGAUGCUGCUUUUAAAGUAGGAAAACUAAGAAAGUAACAUACCUCUGUAAUCUGUAUGGUGUAAUAUGCAUAGUUCAACAUUGCCCUGAAAACUGGUUAUUUCAGUUUGUUAUAAAAAUCAGUUUCUCCCCAAAUUUGAUCAUCUGUGCUUUUCCUUCUGUAGUUGUACAAUGUUAGCAGAAUUGUAGUCCAUGUAUUAUUUUUUUUAGUUUGCUAAUAAUGGUACAGUUGGAGACAUUCUAAGAGGAAGCAAAUCUUAUUUUAGCUGAUUUCAGGUAGCUUACUUAAGCUUGUCUUCUAGAAUAGUUUAUUUUAAAUAUCCCACAGUAGCUAAGAGAGUAGUAUAAUGUUUCAGUGCAGUUCAUUAUUAUACCCUUAUUGCAGCCUUGUUGACAGUUAGUAGUUUACAGAAACUCUGCAGUGUGGUCCAUAGUUAAUAUUGCCGAUGAUGUAGGGCUGAGACUGGUUUAGAUUCCUGUUCAUAUGCACACGCCAUGCGUGAACACACACACUUCUCAGGUUGGAGUAAAUUGCCCCCUGUGACCUCCUUCCAGGCUAAAUCAAGCAACUCGGCUGCAUGCAGAAAAGUUUGAUUCCUUUAACUUGCAUGCAGACCAGUUUCACUUUAAAAUGUUCAAAAAAUGGGAGUGGGAAAUAUAUAUGAAGUAGGACCCAGGUAAGAGCAGAGAUUCCUGCAUUUGGUGCUAGCUUUUGUUUUUUCAGCCUCCUGAGCUACAACGGGAGGUUACUGAUUCACGCCAUGGAUAGGCUGCAUCAUUAUUUUGCAAGUCCUCACUUGGAACUCAUUCUGGGUACUGAUCCUAGUGUAGCUGAAACAUGCAAAAGAGGGAGGUAUUGGAAGGCUUGGGAGAACUACAGGAUUAUUUACAGGAAUAUAAAAGAUAUUGGUGGGGAAAGUGAAAUGGUGGGGAACCAUUGAGGACUCAGUGGGUACAGAAUCCAGACUGAGCAGAAGGAGAGGGGGGAAAGGAAAACAGGGUGGGGAGGUGGCAGAGAGAGGAUGUAGAGUCCAGGGAAACCUGAAUAGGAAUGUUCUGCACUGCAACAUUUUAUGGUAGGUCCCAUUGACUAAGUUCCAUUUUAAGGUGAUUUCCCAAUUUAAAUCAGUACUGUCCUGGAUAAGGUUUAAGCAGCCCAGCUCAUCUGCCCCGAUGGCAGUUGGAGCUCCCAGUGGUUGCUUUGAACUUGAAGUCUCUCGCAUCAGAGGUUCUUUGGCUCCUAGCUGUAAAGCUUGUACCAAAUAGAUGACUAAACAUUUAGCAAUUCAGUUAAACAACAGCUACCAAUCUAUUUUCUGUUGAAAUCUUUCUGCAUUAAAAAUGCAUUUUAAAUGUUUUAUUUCAAGCGGAAUAAGUGCCAGACAGAACACCCAGAAGCCAACUCUACAAUGGUGGGUUAAUAUUUAAGUUUCGGGGUUGACAUUUUUUUAAAAAAUAAAAAUUUAGCAAAGCUUUUCACAAACCACCACAGCCUCUGGUUUUCUGCUUUUUCAUGGACAAUCUUCUAUGCCACCCUUCUGCUCUCUAUUAGUUCAUGCCCAUGUUUCUCCGUCUCUUCAGGAUGACAUGGCUACUCCUUACCACCUCAUAUGUAUGCACAAACUUUUAAAAUCUUCUGGGUGAGGACUGUAUUGCCUCUGUUGUUUGGAGCACCCGGAACAAUUUUGGCACGAUAGAAAUUGUUUCUUGCAGUAGGCUUUCAGUCAUUGUAUUGUUCCACUCAGUGCAAAAACCUCAUGUGAUACAUUAAAAUUGUUUUUCUUGUUAACAUAGAUAACUAGCAUUGUGGAGUUUGGCUAAAGAUGGCGAGUCUCGUGUCUCAGAGUUUGGUGACAUAUGUAGAAGAAGAAAAUGUUCCUGCUUUGAAGGCACUUCUUGAGAAGUGCAAAGAUGUGGAUGAGAGGAAUGAGGUAAGAUAAAUUUGUAAUAAAUAUUUUAAUAAAUAUUGUAGACAUACAUUUUUAUAAUCGAUAAACAUAUGCUGCUUUGUUGUUCCACAAUGUGGAGGUAUGAAUUGGGGGGAGGGGAGAAAGAAUUUUAUUUGAUAAAAAUAAAUUGAGGUUUACUGUAUUUUUCGCCCUAUUGGACGCACUUUUUCCCCUCCAAAAAUCAAGGGGAAAUGUGUGUGCGUCCUAUGGGGCGAAUGCAGACUCUCCUUGGCUUCAGCGAUAGGAACGCGAAGCCUCCGAAACCUGCACUCCGGAGGCUUUGUGUAGCUUUCGCUGAAGCCAGGAGAGUCUGCUCUUUGAGGCUGGCGGUGGGGGAAAGCAGCGCUUCCCCCCACCGCCAGCCCCACAAGCUGGGUCGAAAAGCCCGCAGGAGCCGCGCAGCCUUUAAAGAGCGCACCGCUCUUGGGGGCUUUUCCCCAAGGAGGGAGAAGGGACAGACUGGCCGAGUCAGUCCCUUCUCCCUCCUGUGGGCUUUUGUGGGAGAUGGGGGAAUUCCCCCACCUCCUGCAAAAGCAGGCAAAAGCCACGCGCUCUUUAAAGGCUGCACGGCUUCUGCGGGCUUUUCUACGAGGGGGGACAAGGGACUGACUGGCCGUUUCAGUCCCUUCUCCCUCCUGGUCGAAAAUCCCGCAGGAGUUGCGCGCGGCUCCUGUGGGCUUUUGCGGGAGGUGGGGGAAUUCCGCCACCUCCCGCAAAAGCAGGGAGAAGGUCUUGGAGUAGCUCACAGGCUGUGUGCAGCCUGUCCGCUGCUCCCAGAGCUGUGGGGGGGGGGAUCAUAUUUUUUCCCUUGAUUUCCCCCCCUGAAAACUGGGUGCACCCUAUGAGCCGGUGCGCCCUAUAGGGUGAAAAAUACGGUAUUUACUUUUUUCCUAAUUGUAUAACUUGAAGAAAAGACAUCUUUCCCCCCCACUCUCUGAUAGUUUCUGUGAUGCAUAUGUAUAGCUGCCUGCUAAGUCAGAAAGGAAUUGCUUUCACUUGUUUUCCAGCAUAGUAACUGUAGAGAUCUGUUGGAUAAAGAAAUAAUAAUAAAAAACCUCUCUGUAAUCUUAUUGGAGAGAAACCUCAUCAAGUCCAGUGGACUUAACUUCUGAGUAGACCUGCAGAGGAUUGGGUAUUUUAAUACGAGAUCUCCAUGGUGAAAUUGAAGCAGGGCUUUCAUUAUUCUGGAUUAAUUAAUUAAGGACACCUUUUUGUUUCUGGCUUCCCCCAUAAUUGGCUCUGGUUUCACAUAACUACCACCAUGCAGCCCCUGGCAGCUUAUCCUUGGGGAAGUGUAGUCCUUGACAGGGAAAAAAAAAGGGUUCCUGCUGUCUGCUGUUGAUGGGUUUCAGCCUUAGCCAUUUCCCUCUCUUCAAUGCUGUUCGCUUUAACAGCAUAAUUAGGGCUAAACACGCUUCCAUUUUAUUUCCCAUUCCAUUUGUUUUCAGAAAGUACACUUUUGUACCAAAAUUUAUUUCCUGUAGGAAAUUCAAAAUCCAUGUAGAAUGGUUUUAUUUAUUUAAAGCAAUCAUGCUGCUCAAUAGUCCAUACUCUAUACAGUGGUGCCUCGCAAGACGAAAUUAAUUCGUUCCGCGAGUUUUGUUGUCUUGCGAUUUUUUUCGUCUUGCGAAGCACGGUGUCGGGAAAGUUUUGGAAAAGCUUCAAAAAUCACCAAAGUCUUUAAAAACCUCAAAAAAGGCUACCACACCACGUUCUAUGAGUUGCUCCUCGAAGUCAAGUCGCACCUGUAUUAACGGUGUUAAGAAAAAGGAAACAAACUUGCAAGACGUUUCCGUCUUGCGAAGCAAGCCCAUAGGGAAAAUCGUCUUGCGAAGCAGCUCAAAAAACAAAAAACCCUUUCGUCUAGCGAGUUUUUUGUCUUGCGAGGCAUUCUUCUUGCGAGGAACCACUGUAAUCAUCAAUUGUGAUUACUUGGAUAUGCGAAACAAACAUCACAUAAAUGCUACUUUUAAGUAGAGGUACUUCACAGUGUUCAGCUGAUUGUCAGUGGGUGGAAAGAUACCAAGUGAUGCAUAUGAAUUUGUCAAUAAUCCAUCAGGUGCCCACAUGGAAAAGUAGAUUUAAAAACCUAUCAGAACACCAUAAUUUCAAGGUGGGGUGGUGUUCUAUUGCAGUAUAGCAACAACAACGAAAAUCCUUUAUGAAAAUGAAUGUUUGAUCAGAAAUUCUUUUUGGAUGAAACAGACAUUUACAGUAUAAUAUGGGGGGGGGCCACAAGAAAAUAAUUAGCAGCAGUAAACAGUGCCCCUUCAGUUUGCUAAAACUUGUAACAGUGGACCCAUCUUUCUAAUAAUGUUUUCAGGAGUUCUUCUACAAUUUCUGUUUGUUUCUUUAAAAAUUACACUUUGUGUGCCAUUGCGAAGCAACACAUAAAACAUUAGCAGCAUUCUUGUAUAAGAAUCUACCUGUAAGACCAUCUGUAUAAUUUAUUAGUUUCUGACAAUGUAAUUGCGUGUUUCACUUAAUUUCAGAAUGGUCAGACUCCGUUAAUGCUAGCUGCUGAGCAAGGCAACUUAGAAAUUGUCCAAGAAUUGAUAAAGAAAGGUGCCAACUGCAACUUGGAAGAUGCAGUAAGUAUUGAAUGGGUGAUCUAAUUCCUUGCUGUAUUAUUCUCUCCUCCUGCUGCAUGUCCUAUUUUGACCACACAAUUCUUUUAUUAAUCCCUCCCAUGUGUUGGACUUGGGAGUCUUGUAAGCAUGAAAGGUCCAGACAAGAGUGUGUAUGUUAUCACUUGCUGCACCCCAUAUGAAUCGGGUACCCUCCAGAUGUUCCUGGACUAUAGUUCCCAUCAAUCUCAGCCAGCAUGGCCAUGUUCUGAGAUGAUGGGAGUUGUAGUCUAUAUUACAACAUCUCAAGGGCACCACAUUGUCCUUCCCUAUCCUGGGAUAAGAAGUCUAUUUCUUCAAGGUAUAGUCACUUCACUUCAACUGGUAUAAUCUGUGGUUUUAGUUAGCUAUUGGACUGUUAAUUUUUCCUUUUUCUCACUUUAGGAUAACUGGACAGCUCUUAUCUCAGCUGCUAAAGAGGGACAUGCUGCCAUUGUGUCAGAGCUACUUAAUUGCAAUGUGAACAUGGAACAUCGAGACAUGGUAUGGCAUAUGGGACCUUAGGGUGAAGGGCGUGUAAUAAACAAAUAACAUUUUAGUCCUUCAAAAUGGUGUAGGCCUUUUUUUUUUUUAUUAAGCUGCAGCACAGAUAGAUCUGUACUUCUAGUAGCUGACAGCAUUCUGGGGUUGUGCCACUCGCCAGACCUCCCUCUGGCUGGUGUGGUGUAAACAAGUACAGCAGAUUGGCAUUUGCACUGUGCUGACCAUGCUGCCAGCUCCCCCUCCCAAUAUGCAGAAGCAACUCAGCCGGAGAGAGGUCAGGUGAGCAGCAUAGCUCCAUCCUACCAUGUGCUUCAGAGUUUGUUCUUUUGAAAAUGUAUCAAAAUUCUGGUAACCUUUGAAAUUCUUAUGGAUGAUGGGAGUUGUAAUCCAACAAUGUCUGGAGUGCUGCUGAGAGUCUAGCCACAUCUGGAGGGCCACCGUUUCCACACCCCUGAACUAGAGCAAAUUUUCAGCUAAAAGUAGUUUAGAUGGAUUAAUACUCCUUGAUUUCAUUGCUCAGUAGCAAGUUGUUUGCACCAGAGAACUGGGCUAACAACUGUGAAACAUUAUCUUUUAUGCAAAUGCUGAAAAUAGAUUUUAAAAUGGUCCAUGUAUUGAUUUCCUGUGCUAGGGUGGAUGGAACGCCCUUAUGUGGGCAUGCUACAAAGGCCGUACUGAAGCAGCUGAACUGCUUCUUGAAAGGGGAGCAAACCCCAACAUCACUGGCCUGGUAAGUUUUUUCCAUCUUUGUUUCUAUUUGCAGUGGGGAUAGUAGGGGAAGAAUUCUGCGGUAGAGUAAUUUGCCAUUAUUAGCUUGUGGUUUGGAUGCAUAUUGAGCAAAUAGAAAUUGAAUUUAAAGUUCUCCUUUUAUUUUUUUGGCCUAGGACUACUCACUGAUAAUUUGUAUAAACUUAACAUUUUGCAUGGAGCACCUUUGAACCACCUGAAAUACUUUGAAAAAAAUAAAAAAUUGACCCUGAUUUAUCUCUAUUGAUGCACAACUAGCUGUAUGCAACAAAUGGCAUGGGAUGUACAUAACAACUGUACCAAAAUAUGUAUUCAGCUAGUUCUGUGGUGCCUUGAUUUUUAUCCUAAUACAGAUUAAGUACUGACUGCACAGGCAAAAUCCCAUGUCUUAUUUUAAAGCCCCUGUAGGAUGUAGUAGUGUGUAAGGAUCUUUUCAGAGUCCCAAGUCUAUUCAGAUUUUUUGGAGGAGAUCUGCUGAGAUUCUGAAUCCUUUGGUAGAUGCAUUCUGAGUCUUUUCUUAUCAUACAGCCUCCUUUGAGGCUCAGUAUUACAGUUUUAAUUUCUGUACUAUGUUUUACAUACACAUUUCUCUCCACUCAGAAACAUUCACGUGUCCAGGGCUGUGCUGCUACUUUACAUACCGGCACAUUCCUCCUUUUUAUCAGUUCCUAUAUCAAGUCUAAGGGACGCGGGUGGUGCUGUGGGUUAAACCACAGAGCCUAGGACUUGCCGAUCAGAAAGUCGGUGGUUCAAAUCCCCGCAACGGGGUGAGCUCCUGUUGCUCGGUCCCUGCUCCUGCUCGGUCCAUGCUUCUGCUCCCUCCUAGCAGUUCGAAAGCACGUCAAAGUGCAAAUAGAUAAAUAUGUACCACUCCGGCGGGAAGGUAAACGGCGUUUCCGUGCGCUGCUCUGGUUCGCCAGAAGCGGCUUAGUCGUGCUGGCCACAUGACCCAGAAGCUGUACACCGUCUCCCUCGGCCAGUAAAGCGAGAUAAGCACCGCAACCCCAGAGUCGUCCACGACUGGACCUAAUGGUCAGGGGUCCCUUUACCUUUACCUUUAUAUUAAGUCUACCUUGCCUAAGCUUUCUCUGCUGCCUCUGAGGCUGGUGGUGCUAGUAAUCAAAGCUCCUGUCCUGCUAUCUCUGCUGAUGUUUCCUCCCCUGUCCCAGCUGUUGGAUGCAGUAGGGAGGGGAGUCAGCACCUUCAGGCCAAGCCUUAUCCUCUCUGGCAUAGCUGGGUGUAAACACAGCUGUGUCAGAGCUAGUGGAGUGUGGCAAUUGAAGCUGUUUCCAGCUACCUCGCCACAGCCUGCUUCCAUGCAUCAGUCUCCUGGUUCAAUCAAGGCUCUUAGGUAUAUAUCACAGUCAUGCUUGAAAUUGGUCUUACUGUUUGUCCUUCCAAAAGAAGAAUAACUUUAUUUUUUCAGUUGUUUUAUCCAUUGAGGUAUCAUGUUAUAUGCUUUCUUGAGGUUUCACUAUUAACAUUUAGGUAGUAUUGCAGUACAGUGGUACCUCAGGUUACAUACGCUUCAGGUAACAUACGCUUCAGGUUACAGACUCUGCUAACCCAGAAAUACUACCUCGGGUUAAGAACUUUGCUUCAGGAUGAGAACAGAAAUUGUGCAGUGGCAGCGGGAGGCCCCAUUAGCUAAAGUGGUGCUUCAGGUUAAGAACAGUUUCAGGUUAAGAAUGGACCUCCGGAACAAAUUAAGUACUUAACCCGAGGUACCACUGUAUAGAAUUUUGUAAUUCUUAUUAUUGUCAGAACUUUGUACAGUGGUACCUCGAGUUACAAACGCCUCAGGUUACAAACACUUCAGGUUACAAACUCUGCUAACCUGGAAGAGUUACCUCAGAUUGAGAACUUUGCCGCAGGAUGAGAACGGAAAUCGUGUGCCGGUGGCGUAGUGGCAGUAAGAGGCCCAAUUAGCGAAAGCACACCUUUAGUUAAGAACAGUUUCAGGUUAAGAACGGACCUCCAGAACAAAUUAAGUUCGUAACUAGAGGUACCACUGUAUAGGAAUCAGGUAUCUUGGGUGAAAUCCAGCUUUGCCUGAAAAUACUUCCAUUCAUACAGUGAGACUUCCCCUACCUCUCUCUUCACCCUCCCAAUCUAUUCUGAGAGGUCCUCCAUCCCUCCAUUGCAGAUUACAGGGAGCUGCGUUGGGUGUGCGGAGGAGAAGGGGAAGGAGAAGUCACAUUGAGCACUGCUUGAUACAGCCCUUUAAAUCGUGGGGUUCUUACAACUUUCAAACCUUUUCUCCUCAAAGCAAUACAGUGUCUAUCCAAUAAUUUGGGCAGCAGGACGAGGCCACUCUCGUAUAGUACAACUUUUACUGCAUCAUGGAGCUAAGGUCAACUGCUCUGACAAGGUAGGAGUUUUCUUUCUUUCCGGUAAAAGCUUACCUUGUUACCAUAAUAAGUUAAAAUUGUUAAGAAUGUUAAGACAGCAUCCUAAGCUCUGUUUCAAUACAUGGGAUUUGAGAGGAAUUUCUGUUUAGACUUCAUCUUAAUUCACGAGGAUGUUCUUAGUUAGAAGUUUUUUUAACCCACUUUGCCUGAAAUCCUAUGCAUGCUUACCUAUUCAUAUUUCCAUUGGGGUGCUCUGAGCGAUCAUUCAACAGUAUUCCAGUGCUGGCUUCUCCAGUCUUGUGCCCUCCAUAGGUUUUAGGCUACAACUUGUCUUGUCCCUGACCAUUGGUCAUGGUGUCUGGGACUGAUGAGAGUUGGAAUCCAGUAAGAACUUGAAGGCACCAGGUUGGGGAAUACUCUUCUAGUCGCUAAAACAUUUAAAAUAUCAAAUGAAAUAAUUUUUAAGACUCCUUACAAGAGCUCACAGGCUGUAUAUUGUCCAAACUCUGCCCAAUGAUAGUACAUAAACUGUUAAUAGAGUGAGACUGUUGGUUAUGGCCUCCUAAGGACUAGCAGAUGCUGACCUCUAGGUGCACUAUAUAAUCUUUCAUGAUAUUCCCACCCUCUCUUUAUUGAAUUAGCUGUGAUUUUACCUCACUCUGAAUCCACAAUAUACGCCAAUAGCACUUCUCAGCUCUACUAUACCUAUACUUUGCCUUUCCCCCCCUACCAUUGAUCUGUCUCCCUGCACCGCUUUGGGAAUGUUGCCAACUUAGUAACUCUUUUAACUUCCUUUUCACAUUUCUGUAUUAGCGAGGUCUUCUGUUAUGUUCUGGCAUUAUCCUAAAAUGUUAUUUUCAUGUCUUCCGCUUGAAAUUCUACCUACUUACUUGACACCUUUCUUCUCCUGCCCACUCACAAACUGAGGGAGUUGUUCUGCUUUCAAAACAAAGCUGGAAUGUGUCUCAUAUGUUCAAAAUAUAUUCUACAGUAUGGGACUACUCCGCUGAUCUGGGCUGCAAGAAAAGGUCAUCUGGAAUGUGUGAAGUAUUUGCUGCAUAUGGGAGCGGAUGUUGAUCAAGAAGGAGCUGUGAGUACUUUAAAUAUUAUUCUAAUAAUAAAGCAGUAGAUAGUGUUUAAAGAAGACGGGAUCAUGGUGUCUGUUAGUCCAGAUGGUUUAGUGCUAGGGUUGCCAGCCUGGCAUCCGAAGACACUCAUGUGCCCACUGAGGACUACCCUGAUGACCAUACCAUCCUAUCCUUCUCCUGCCCAAUUGAGGGCUUUCUUCAGGCUUAAUUGUGAUGCGGAGACAUUUUCCUCUGCAGCUCUGACAAUCACAGCAAAUUCUCAAACCCAUACAGUUAGGAUUUUAAAAAGUCUUUUAUUAGCUAUUAUUUUGCAAUUUCAGGAAGGAGUCAUAGUUGAGGAGGAAAUAAUUAACUCUUACCUCCUGAGCUGUGUUGCCCAUGCCAGAAACCCAUUUGUUGUGCUGCUAUUGGGCUUGAAAGAAACCUGUUGUAUUGGAUUCUAAGGUCUGUGAAUAUAAAGUCUGGGGUGCAGAUUUUCCUGGCUCUGGGGGAUUUUUCCUUACUGCUGUUACCUGAAAAUGUAGAAUUGCUUUUGGCGUAAAAGUAAUAGUGGAAUGUAAUGGUGUGUUUGAAGUUAAUGCUACUGAAAUAAGAUGAACUUCAGAAGCGGAGGAAAAAAUCUCCUCCUGUAUUGACCAGUUAGUCUCAUACCGCCACUAAUAUAUUGUGUGUUUUCUAUCUCUUCCCCUCUCCAGAAUUCCAUGACUGCACUUAUAGUAGCAGUAAAAGGUGGUUUCACAGAUUCAGUAAAAGAAAUCCUGAAAAGGAAUCCAAAUGUCAAUUUAACGGAUAAAGAUGGAAACACAGCUUUGAUGAUUGCCGCAAAGGAAGGACAUACUGAAAUUGUGCAGGACCUCUUAGAUGCAGGAACCUACGUGAAUAUUCCUGACAGGGUAAGUAAGGGUUUUGAUAAUGUGUAUAUAUACAUUCAUUAUUUUUUAAAAUACUUAUAACAUAAAAAGCUAUUUUGGAAGUGCUUUAAGACAUCUGACUGUGUUUUGUCCUCAUUGCAGAGUGGAGAUACUGUGCUGAUUGGGGCUGUCCGAGGCGGUCAUGUUGAAAUUGUGAGAGCCUUGCUUCAUAAGUAUGCAGAUAUAGACAUUAGAGGGCAGGUAAGUAAUUCUGUGUGAGUUCAGGAUUUUGAAAAAUGCUCUUGUAAUAUAUCAUUUCCAAAAGCAUCCCUUGGAGACGGGAAGCACAUUUCUAGAUGGCAUCUUGAAAACCACUUGAUUUCCUACUGUAUUUGCAACUGGAAAGAACAGUGCACUUUAACAUGACACAUAAAGACAAACAUUUUGUUCCUUGGCAUUCUAUACUUACUGUCUCUUAAAGUAGGUAUGUAAAGUAGGUAUAUUUGUUUUGAUCAUAAAGAACAUCCAUGCCCUAUUCUGCUCCUUGGGAGCAUUGCAUCUAUCUUAGUUUUAGGCACUUGCUAGUGAGUCUAAUUCAGUGAGUCAUGAAGCCCUUGCCUACCAUCUUUAUAUAAACUGGUUAACCAAAAAUCUGCUGUUGCUUUUAGUCAUGGAAGGGGGAUUGAAUCGAGAGCUCAGAAGCCUGCAAAAUGACAGGUGCUCAGUACAGCUUCUGACAGGAGCUGCUAUUUGUUGGUGGAUCAGAACAGCAACUGAUGCUGAGUACAUAAUCAACUGUCAGGCUGGACUGUGAAAUCAGAAUAUUUCAGCUUUUCACUAUAGUAAAAAUAUUUCUUAAGUACAACUGUUGCAAGGAGUUUCCUGAACCUACAGUUCAGAGGUGAUGCAGUACACAUUGCAGUUGCUUUGUUGAUAUGAUGACGCUGAGCUACUUUUUAAAAAAAAUAAAUAAAUACGGAAAUCUUAUGCAAUUCAUUAUACAUCCAGUACUGUUCCUAAAAGCAAAUACCAGCAGAAGAUUCUUCUUCUUCGCAAGGCACACCCUAGAUUUCUAGAUUUGGUUGUAAUAUAGUGUUUAGAGAAGAUUCUCCAUCCCUUUCAAUUAAAUAUAUUGUGUAUGCCAGCUUUUUGUGAAGUGGUUUCUGAAUGCCAUGUGUUGAAGAACUUUUUUGAAAUACUAUAAUCCCAAUUUUAGCCAAACACUGAUAUGUAACUUACAUUACUUUUUUUUAAAAAACACCCCAAUGUCAGUUUCCUUUUUCCAUUCUGAAUUUUAUCACUUUGCUAUAUAGUGUUGAAUGUAACCUGCAUAAUACGUGGUUUGUGAAGUUAGUUUGAUUGCAUUUAAAGUGCUUUUCAAAUAUGUUGUUUAUUUGUAGGAUAAUAAAACUGCUUUAUACUGGGCUGUUGAAAAAGGAAAUGCUACCAUGGUUAGAGAUAUCUUGCAGUGCAACCCAGACACUGAAAUAUGUACAAAGGUAAAUAUACCAUGUAAUGGCUUUGAUCUUCAAGAUAUGGUUUAUUUUUCAACAAUGCUUUUUCGGUCUUCCCUGUGUUGCGGAAUAUGGCAUUUUUGUUAAAAAUGUUGUCUUCCCUAAAUGUGAGGAGAGAGUACUUGAGUACAGUUCUAGUUUGUUCAUAUUUGCUUUUCUGUGCUUGAAAUUUCCUUUUAAAACUAUAUUCAGAAAGCCUGUGGAGCACAUUAAAAAUACAUAUCACCAGCAUUUCCCAUCACCUUUAAAAAAAUAGAAAAUCAAUAUCUUAACUGAAAUGCAUUUUGAGUGGAGGCUAUAUGCACAUACUUAAGCUAAUUUUCCUUCUGAGAUGCUUUCCCAUAAAUAAAUUUAAUGAGAAAUGCUUUACUUUGUAUUAAUUAACAAUAACUACCAUUGCAAAUUAGAACAUCAGCAAAGGAAAUAAUUCAUUGCAUGGGGAAAACACCAUACCAAAUUUGUGUUCAAGGGAAUGCUUAACAGCACAAUCCAAAUCCAAUAUCUGCUGGGAUAAGAUAGCUUGGAUUUAGAGGGUCUUGGGCUUUCUUGGAUCACCAGAGGCUCAGCCAGAACUAUGCUGGAAUAAAUCCCUCAUCCCAGCUUGGCCAGGGCUCAGCCAGCAGAAUUUAAGCCUGCAUUACUUACACCAGCAUAAUCUCUCCCAAAAGGGGUGGGACUGGACCCAACAAGGAGAGACUUAAACCUAUUCCAAAUCCUGUUCAGAUUGGUCAUUCAACCUAGGGCCCAGUCCUCACAACCUGGGGCCUAGACCCUUGCAGAGACUUCCAAACAGCAUUUAGAAUAGUAGUAAUGUAUGAUGUGGGUGGUGCUGUGGGUUAAACCACAGAGCCUAGGACUUGCCGAUCAGAAGGUCGGCGGUUUGAAUCCCCGCGACGGGGUGAGCUCCCAUUGCUCGGUCCCUGCUCCUGCCAACCUAGCAGUUCAAAAGCACAUCAAAGUGCAAGUAGAUAAAUAGGUACCACUCCGGCGGGAAGGUAAGUGGCAUUUCCGUGCGCUGCUCUGGUUCUCCAGAAGCGGCUUAGUCAUGCUGGCCACAUGACCCUGAAGCUCCCUCGGCCAAUAAAGCAAGCUGAGCGCCGCAACCCCAGAAUCGGUCACGACUGGACCUAAUGGUCAGGGGUCCCUUUACCUUUACCUUUAUGCUGGUGUAAGUUAUGCCAAGCCAAGUUACACCAGUUUCCUCUAGUUAAGAUUGCUCUGUAAAUGUAUUGAGGAAUAACUGAACUUCAUUAUGUAAUACUGAAUAUCUGCCUUGAAAAACAACAACCUGGGCUACCAGAUUUGACCCCAAGGACAAACAAAAAUUUAUGUUACAAUUAAAAUUACCCCAAACUUCUAGGCUGGUGGUGGGUACUUAAUUUUUUUUUUUUUUGCCAUAAAAUAUGCAAGUGUUCCAGAAUUCAAAAUUCAUUGCUGCCAGAAGGCCUGUUGUGCCUGUCUGUUUUGAAGGCAUUCACAAAAUACCAUUUUACUUUUGCUUUUAGGAUGGAGAAACACCUCUUAUAAAGGCCACCAAGAUGAGAAAUAUUGAAAUAGUUGAGCUUCUGCUUGACAAAGGAGCUAAAGUUUCUGCUGUAGACAAGGUAAACUCUAGUUGAUAACCACUGUAUUUAUUUUAAUUUAUUGUUCCUAAUGCUUUCACCAAACUGUUUAGGGCACAUUGUCCUCUAUUAAAUGAAGGCAGUUGAAAAUUAUAUUGAGGUAGAUAACUAAUUUUACACAUGCUUGUAAAGAAGAAGGACCUGUCAGAAUAAUUCAGUAAAAUUAACCCUAACCUUGGAUUUUUCUUUUACAGAAACAGAAUUUGCAAAGUGAAGCGACGGGUUAUUUAGAGAGCGAAAAAACUAAGGGAAGGUCCUGUUCUAGGGGGAUAAGGGAUGGCAGUGAAGGGAACUUGUCAGGGCAGCUUUUGAGUAAGUAAGUGAUCUACUGCACAAUAGCUACAUCCUCACCCAUUCUCUUUUGCUGUUGUUACAGAAAGGAGACACCCCACUUCAUAUUGCUAUUCGUGGGAGAAGCCGUAGGCUUGCAGAACUGCUUUUGAGAAAUCCUAAAGACGGUAGACUGCUUUACAGGCCCAAUAAAGCUGGAGAGACGCCUUACAACAUUGACUGUAGCCACCAGAAAAGCAUUUUAACUCAGAUAUUUGGAGCUCGUAAGUAUUGUGCAUUUUCUUCUUAAUCUGCCAGCUUCCAAGCUGCAAGGAAGUGACCAAGGCGUCAAGUGAGGACCGUUGCUCGCAAGCAGAGGGGGUCUCUCUGACUCUACCCCUAACAUAGCCAGCCUUCUCCACCCGUUCACCUAUUCCUCCUCAGCACAGCCUCCCCUUUAGCUCCACAAGCCUAUGAAGAGGACAGCUGCUCCGGGACCAAAGAAGAAACCUCCCCCCCACCCCCGGCCACCUUUCCCAACCAAGCAACUUAAUUUAGCCAACACUCAGGAGAGGGCAGCCUGGAAUGAAGAAAAUUAGAAGUUACAUAAAGACAGGCCACACUGAAAAGAAACUGAAGUUCUUUUCGCCUUUGUCUAAGGGAGGCUUGUUUUUACUGUUGUUCUAGCAGCCUGCUUGCUCAUUUGGGGGGGGGGGGACCUUCCUCUUCUCAGUGGUACCUUGCAGUGGGUGCUCUCCUGUUCUCUCACUCUGUGUGUUUUCUUUUCCUGGAUGCAAUAGUGUGUCUUCCAGGACCACUGCUUCUUCCUUAAUGUGUGUGUGUGGCUUGUUGUGGCAAUCUUUUCUUAUCGCACCGCUCCUCUCUUCUGUGUGCAUGUGCAUUUUCUGCAGUUCUUUUGGCACACACACAGCAAAAGAGGGGUGUGAUGUAUGUGGCUUUUUCUGUGAUAAUAUACUCUGGUUUGACCGCUCCGCAACUUGUGUGUGUGUGUUUGUACACUCCUGCAGUGCUGCUCUCACUGCACCAAAAUCAUCUUUCAGGUAACAGCAUGCAAAAAGAAAAUAAAUGUGUUAAUUUUAUGUGGGACUAUGAAAAGAAAUGAGGGUUUCUUUUCAAGAGUGAGUGGUUUAUUUUAAGUUGCUUUAAGCAUGCUGGUCAUGAUUUGCCAAUGUAUGAAAACCUAAAUACUGACGUUCAUAACUAAUUUACUCCAUGAAGCCUGUUUGGUUUUGCAGGACACUUAUCUCCGACAGAAUCUGAUGGAGAUAUGCUGGGUUAUGAUCUUUAUAGCAGUGCACUAGCCGACAUACUUAGUGAGCCAACUAUGCAGCCUCCCAUCUGUGUUGGGCUGUACGCCCAAUGGGGAAGUGGGAAAUCUUUUCUGCUCAAGAAACUUGAAGGUAAAAAUUACUCCAGUUUAUGCUUUUUUAUACGAAAGAUCUGCACUGAGAAAUUUGGAGAACUUAGAAUUGUUAAGGAUGGCUGUGUUUCAGUUAUUGUAUUGUUGCAGGAUGUGUAUUGGGUAGGCUUGCCUUAAAGUACAAAUGGAAUCUAACCCCCCCAAUCCCUUCUUCUUAGUCACCCCAUCCUUAUCAUGCUUUCUAAUGGAAAAGUAAUUUAUUUAUUUAAAAAUGGUAGAUUGUUCCGCAAGGGAGCAAUUGUAGCCAUACAGAGAACCGCCUCUGGAAUUACCUUUUGAUUAUUUGAAUUUGAAUAAUUUUGAUUAAUUAUUUUCUUUUCUCUUUUUUUAGAUGAAAUGAAAACUUUUGCUGGGCAGCAGAUUGAACCUUUGUUCCAAUUUUCCUGGCUGAUUGUGGUCCUUACGCUUUUGUUGUGUGGUGGCGUUGGUUUACUGCUUUCAUUCACUUUGGAUGCAAAACUUGGAAUAGCAGUGGCGCUGAGCUUGCUGGCACUGCUCUAUGUCUUUUUUAGUAAGUCUUAAAUUGGAUUUAUUAAAAACCUAUUAUGUGCCCAGAAUUAAGCUGAAAUUUAGUCCACGAAAUGAAACUGUUCGGAUGUUGAACUAAAUUGUGAAACGUGGAUUUUCAAUAUAUGAUGUAUUCAAGUACACUAUCACAAAAAUAAGGGUAGCUAAAUAUUUACAAUACUCAGGUUUCGAAUAUUUGUAAAAUUGAGAAGGAGGCCAGUACCUGUCUUUUGGCUCCAGAAAUACAAUGCUCCAUUAAUUUUGAAGAUUAUUAAUUACUGUUCCACGACGUUAUCAAUGACAAUGAUAUAAAGAAAUAUGCAUGCACCAAAAUUUGCAUGCCCCAAAUUUUCACCCCGCCUGCGAAAAGUUGGGUGUUAUUGCUUCUAGCUUUUAAAUGGGAAAUAACAUUGGGGUCUGUAGCAUCAUAUUCUUCAGAAGAAGCUCAGAAAAAAAAUGGGUGUGUACAUAACUUAAGAAUUAGGAUUGUUAAGUAUGAGCUAACUGCUUUUGUCAUGCUUUAUCCAGAAAUGCGCUGUGGAACUAAAUGAAAAUAGUUGAUAAUGGUCAUAAAAUAUAUAGCAAUGAUAAGAGUUAAAAUGUGAUUGGUGUCAAAAGGGUUUGUGAUUUGGUUUCCUGUUUAAAGCCCACAACUGCUAUUAACAUUGAGGGUAUUUGUAAAACGUCUUCUUCUAGCUGUGAUAUACUUUGGUAGCCGAAGAGAAGGAGAGAACUGGAAUUGGGCAUGGGUGUUAAGUACAAGGUUGGCAAGACAUAUUGGCUACAUGGAGUUGCUUCUUAAACUUAUGUUUGUGAACCCACCUGAGCUGCCAGAGCAAACAACUAAAGCCUUACCUGUAAGGUUAGUAUAAUCUCACAUCUUGUUCUUCUAGUUGUGAAUCACAUCAGAGAACAUCUGCUUUAAAAAAGAAAGAGGUCUGAUACAGUGGUACCUCGGGUUACAUACGCUUCAGGUUACAGACUCCGCUAACCCAGAAAUAGUGCUUCAGGUUAAGAACUUUGCUUCAGGAUGAGAACAGAAAUUGUGCUCCAGUGGCGUGGCAGCAGCAGGAGGCCCCAUUAGCUAAAGUGGUGCUUCAGGUUAAGAACAGUUUCAGGUUAAGUACAGACCUCCGGAACGAAUUAAGUACUUCACCCGAGGUACCACUGUAGUUGAAUGCUCACCUGAGACCAAGUUUCAUGGAGAUCAACUGAUCUGGGAUCUUUAGCCGAUACUCUAAUUAGAUUGACUAUGCAGCCACUUACCUGUGUAGGACUGUUCACACAGCAUAGAAAUAGGAAACAUUCUCUUUUCAACAUUCUAUUGUGCUACAAUCUCUUGGAACUGAAUUUUGAAAUUCCUAAGGUGGCAACGCUGUGUAAAUGUUGUCAUCCUGUGUGUGUCUAUCUGCCUGUAUUUGGAUUUUUAAAUGUCUAACUGGGUUGGUUCCUUGAGAUCUUGUCCUGCAACAACAGAGAGAAAUAUUGUUGGGAUCACUGGCAAACUCGCCAGUAAAACUGCAGAAUAUUUUCCUAGGCGUGCUAGGAAACUCUUCAUCAAAAUACAGUUAACUAACACUUUGUUGGAUUUUCUCUAAGGCUGCAAUUCUGCAUGGAGUGACAUGCCUUUGUGACUUAUCUGGGGUUGCAGCCAACAGUAGACCUACUCAUUGUAAACCAAUUUAAUUUAAUGAACAUGACUAAUCUAGGCCCAUUAAUUUCAGUGAGUCUACUCUGAACCCUGGAGUCCUGAUUAAGCACGUGGUUGAAAUAAUUCCCGUAUUACAUUGUUAGAAGUGUGUAGAAGUUAAGAACUAUCAUUGCAUGUUUUUUAAAAGCAGGGGAGGAGUGGCAAAGAAAAAUGCAGAAGAUUACUGUAUUAAAAGCAGCCCAGCAGUUUAAAGAUGUGUAUCUUAAUGACAGAAAAAAGCUUAUUCUAUCAGCCAAUAGCAAUCAAACUGUUUCAUGUAUUUGUCUUCAGAUUUUUAUUUACAGAUUACAAUAGGCUAUCCAGUGUUGGCGGAGAAACUUCAAUGGCUGAAAUGAUUGCCACACUCUCAGAUGCCUGUGAGAGGGAAUUUGGUUUCUUAGCAACACGUCUUUUCCGAGUAUUCAAGACUGAAGAUACUCAAGGUAUUAUUAUUAUUAUUUUACCAAAUCACUGCUUUUUCCCAUUUCUGUUGUAACAAUGGAAAAAUGCAUCUGCUUCGCAAAUAUAUUUUCCCGGAAACAUUUAGAAAGCGUAUAAUAAAUGGGAGAAGCUAGAAGGUCUGCAGAUAUCCCCAUGGUAUAAAAAUGUUGUGGAAAGAAUCUGUAAAAGAUCUGUAAAAUCCUCAGGAUCUUCUUUGGAUCUGUAUUUUUUCUCGGAAGAGAGGCAUUACUUUUAUCCUUUUUUUAAUCUUUUAUCUUUUAUCCUGGCCUCAUAAUGAUCCUCUGUGUGUAGUUUUUAUAACUGCUAAGAUAGAAGUGUUGUUGGAUGCUAGCUAGCUCCCACCAGCCCUAGCUAGCAUGGCUAGUAGAUAGGGACGAUGGGAGGUGUUGGCCAAAAACAUCUGGAGGGCCACAAGUUCUUCACCCGUGGACAAGGAUUGCUGAAACUUGUGCAGCUAACUCAUUUUGAAGCCAUGGGGGACCUCAUGUUACUAUUUUUCAAGAAUAUCAUGGAAUCAUAGAGUUGGGAUCCUUGCCCUGCGAUGCAGGAGUCUUGACUAAAGCCUCGAUGACAGGUUCUGCUUAAAGACCUCCUAUAGCUGCUGUUCUUCUAAUUUCAUCUCAGUUUUAAAAUAUCAGACUGUUAAAUUUGGUGGUGGUACUUGAGUUUCCUGCUGAAUGUAGAAAAGUGCUUAGCAGUUGUUGGUUUGUUUCAUAGGUAAAAAGAAAUGGAAGAAAACUUGUUGCCUCCCAUCCUUCGUUAUUUUCCUUUUCAUUCUGAGCUGCAUUGUUGCUGGGAUCACUCUUAUAGCUUAUUUUAAAGUGAAUCCUGAAAACAUGACAGUGAAUGCUAUUCUGAUAUCAUUUAUAUGUGUUGUGGGUUUGGGCUUCAUCUUGAACUGUCGCACGUGGUGGCGAGUGAUGGACUCAGUCUUGAACUCACAGAGAAAACGGCUUCAUAGUGCUGCUUCAAAGCUACACAAGCUGAAAAGUGAGGGGUUUAUGAAAGUAAGUAUUAUUAUAUUGUCAUAAAAACUAUGGCAGUUGCUUUGAAUUGUAUGAUGCUUGUUUAACUUGAAAUUUAAAAGGUGGGGAGUGAUGAGAAUAAAGCACUUCAUCAGUUAUAUAACUGAACAUUUCACUCUUCUUUAUUUUAUAGAAUUUGUACACUACUUAAUUGUAAAUAAAACCUCUAAGCAGACUUCAUUUAUAUUUAAUUCCCAGCGAACCUAAGUAAUACAUUUGUGGAAAAGGGUUCACUGUUUUCAACAGUGAAAGCAAAAUGUGUCAUUUCAAUGAGAUUCGUGUUGGAGGAUGGUAACACUACUGUUUUGACACUACUUUUAUUUUGAUAGGUUCUUAAAUGUGAAGUGGAACUGAUGGCAAAGAUGGCAAAAACCAUUGAUAGCUUUACUCAGAAUCAAACCAGGCUUGCGGUAAUUAUUGAUGGAUUGGAUGCAUGCGAGCAGGACAAAGUUUUACAGAUGCUUGACACAGUAAGUAACUACUAUUUUACCUUUGAGUGCUCUUAGGCAAUCAAACACUUUGAGUGUUCUAAAAUCAGUCAAGUAUAUGAGAAUAAUAUUUCCUUUAUAUUUCGUUUCAAUCCAGACCAAGUAGUUGUGACUAAAUCUUACCAAAAUCAAUGGAACAAUUUAGCUGUUUUGAGUUGACUUGCUUUCAGUGGAACUCACAGCCCAAGCCUAUGUUCCACUUAUAUCGGGGGCUUGCUCCUAAGUUAAGAUCUUUGCCUGAAGAGAUGGCAUGAAUUGUUUUGGAACUAUAACAUUGAAAAGCGGCAUGUGAUUUCAUCCCCGCCCCCCCUUUGUGAGCUAACCUGAAGAAACAACAGCAACAAGAUCCAGAGAAUCCCUUGCAUGAGUGGAAGGCACUGUUUCAACAGUCCCUCCUCCUGAUUUCUGCCAUUUCUACCCCCUUCAGCAGUUCCAUUAGUCACAUCCCAAAAUAUCCCGGAAGGCAACUUCUUGUAGAGUGUGAAGGGCUGAAGUGACAAGAUGAAAGUGGGAGAGCCCUGUUGUGCAAGUACUUCUCUGGAUCCAACCCAAUCUGUGUUCCAUAAACAUAGCCUGUUGAACUUUGUGUCUCAGCAGAAUCUUUUGCUUCCUGUGGUGGCAAUAUAUGAGUGCGCUGUUUGCAAUGUACACCACAGUACAUAUUUGCAGCCCCCUUCCACAUUUUACCUCCUGCUGAACUGGGAGUGGGCAGCAACCCAGUACAGAAGAGAUGGGCAGUGGCGGCGGGUGGGGUGAGCCUUAGUGGUCUUCCAACUUCUGUCUAGGAGUGUCAUGAAAGCCUUGCUACCUGAGCCACUUGUGCCAUCUUUACUGUGACUAGACCACCCGUGGGAUACAGAUUUUGAAUGAUUUUAUUCAUUUUUCUUUUCUUCUUUUCACAGGUUAGAGUCCUGUUUUCAAAAGGCCCAUUUAUUGCAAUUUUUGCUAGUGACCCACACAUCAUCAUAAAGGCAAUUAAUCAGAACCUGAACAGUGUGCUCCGUGACUCAAAUAUAAAUGGGCAUGAUUACAUGAGAAAUAUCGUACACUUACCUGUCUUUCUUAACAGCCGUGGACUCAGUAGUGCUAAAAAGAUGAUGGUAGCCUCAACCACAAAUGGAGACGUCCCAUACUCAGAUGGUGCAGGUAUAGUGUAUUAUAAAUAAUCAGGCAUCAAAUGCCAAUAGUGGUGUUUUUUUAAAAAGAUAGCAUAAAUAUGUGAACGAUUACCACUUAGUAGAAAUCAUCUGUUGUAUGGUAAAAUGAAAAUGUGUUUUAAUGAGAGACAUUUCCUAGGAUUCCAUGAAGAUGUUGAUCGAAGGGUUUCACAGAAUAGCCUGGGAGAUGUGACCAAGCUUGGAAGCAAAACAGCUCUCAACAGGCGGGUAAGAAAUGGCCAGUUGGAAAUCUUUUACACAUAAUUUACACACGUAAAUUAUUGUUAUGCAUUUUAGCAAACAGCUGUUUAGGUCAUGUAUUCUGGGUUCACAUUCAUAGACUGGCUUCAGAUGUGGUAGAAUUCUUUAAGCUCAGUGGCUUAGUGGACCCUGGACUGGGUCCACAAAUUGCUGCUAGAAAGUGGUGCUUGGCAAGAUCAGAUCAACCAUGUUGAUCAUUUAAUGUUCUGUCUUUAAGAUAAACCCUCAUAAGGCAUCUUACAAAAAUAUAUACAUCAAAAGCAAACAUAGUAAGAGUGGAACAAAUCUAAUAAUAAAAAUAUCUGCAUAGAAACCUUAAAAUAGGACAUAUUAAUUCAAUAUUAUGUUUGGGAAGUUGUUUUUUGAUACAGCUUUUGCUAACAAGUAGGCUUAGUAUGUUCAGAAGAAACAUACGAGUACAUUUCUGAUUUGUUUCUUACAUUGAGAUCUUUAAGCUCCAUAGGUGCACACUUUUGAUAGCUACACUUCUCAUAAGCAUUUGAAUCUAUGAUAUAGAAAUAGUAUAUUGUGGACAGCAACAUCACUAACUUUGUUUAAAAGUGUCACUGAAAUGAAAAUUUUUGCAAGAAAUACCUACCUACUUUUUCUUGGUGAGACAUUUUGAAGUACGUUAGUGACUCCUGGUCUUUGUCCAACUCUGUUCACCUCUAAAUGCACUAGUAUAACAUCUUGCCUUUGGGGUAGAUAGUAAAACAUGAAAACAGUUCAUACAAAUAAUACCUGUGUUCUCUCUCCACCCCCCAAAAUUAGGACACUUACAGAAGAAGACAAAUUCAGCGUACCAUUACACGUCAAAUGUCUUUUGAUCUGACUAAGCUUUUGGUUACAGAAGACUGGUUCAGUGAUAUUAGCCCGCAGACUAUGAGGCGAUUGCUAAAUAUUGUUUCUGUGACAGGUGUGUUUCCUUAUUAUAAUUUACAUAUCAAAGUGAGGCAUUUAAAACCUACAGUUUCCAUGCUAUGUGUAGCAUGUCAGCCAUGUAUCAUAGUCCGUUAGGUGCCUUAGGAAAGAAAAACUGUUUACCUGUUCAUGGAGAUCAAGUCCACAGUUCCUCCCUAGUCUUCUAGAGUGAGCCAUGGAAAUGAGACUUUGGGUGACGAGAAGUCAAAUAAUUUACACCAUAUUCAUUACACACUGUUUUCACGAUAAACAUGAAAACUGCGUAAAAGUCAAAUUAUCCAGAGAAAAUUUGGGCAGUGUCAGGUGAGCCAAACUAUGGCUGCUGGAGUUGCAUGAUUUUCUAUUUACGGUUGGUGAUCAACCUGUGGUGCAGGGGCGCCAUCUAUUUGGGGCUGUGAGGGCCAAGGCCUCAAAUUUUCAUUGAAGGGGCUGGGCCCACACAAAGUUCUGUGGUGGCCACACACCCUGUGAUGUGCAAAAGUGAUGUCAGCAUGGUGCAGGGCGUGCUGAUGUCAUGUGCGCACACCGCAUUGAUGUCAUGCAGCCCCGGGCCUUCGAAGUUGCAGGGACAAGGCGGCAUGCCUGCUGUGGCAUAAUGGCUUUUUGGGUUCAAUCAAGAGCUUUUUAUCAUCCUUCAAUAGUGAAGUUGGCUGAAAAAUUACAGAAUGAUCAGGUUUUUCAACAAAUUGCCUCUGGUAUGAUCAGAGAAGCUAACUUGAGAAAAGCAAAGCAUAGAUAGUAUAAAGUACAUGGGGGCACAUUUAUCUGUGCAUGAACAGAACGAGCUUCUACUCAUGCAGUGGGGCUUCCACUUCUUCCCCUCCCUCCUAUAGCUUCCAUGCAUCUCCAGAAUCAGAUGUUGGAAGGCUGGUGGGAGGAGAAAGAAAGGGGAAACCUAUUGUGGAAGAGAAAUGAAAUGUGGUUUCAAAUCAGGCAAGGUUUAUUCCCGAUUUCCUAACUGUGGUUUGUUUUGGGGAAAACAAACCAUGAGCGCUGGCCUGGAUACAAUGUUGAGUCAGUUGCUGCAUGCUUUGUUGCCCCACUUGAAGGAUUUCUGCACAGUACAGCUAAACCAACUUGUGACCGCGUCACGUCCAUUUGUGGCCAUUAAGUUCCUUCCUGUGAACUCAGAACUUGCUUGGUUGUUGGUGACAUUUUGGUUGGUCCAAAUAAAGGUAUGGCUCAGCUGUGGAUUUUGAAAUUUACCUACACAGCCUUUCAUAUUUUAAAGGUCGUUUACUGAGAGCUAAUCAGAUCACUUUCAACUGGGAUAGACUGGCUAGCUGGAUCAACUUGACAGAACAGUGGCCAUACAGGACCUCUUGGCUCAUAUUGUAUUUGGAAGAAACAGAAGGUGUUCCAGAUCAGCUAACGUUAAAAACGAUAUAUGAGAGGUAGGCGUGAUUUUGAAAUUUCCAUUUGUUGGUGGGUGUUCAAAAGUCAGGAUUUAACUAUCUUUGUUUCCUGGGUGAGAGAAAGUAAAUGUCCACAAUAGAUGGGAGUUAAUUAUUUUGGGGUUCAGGUACUUACAAAUUAGCAUAUGUCUGAAUGCUUUGCUUUGUUGGGGCAAAUGCUUCAAACUCACAAAAUAAGCUGUGAGUAUUUGUGAUAUGCUAUUACUAUUUUUGAUUACUAUAACUUGUGAUUCCUAAUUACUAUGCUAAAAGAUACAGGCAUGGCCAAACUUGGCCCUCCAGCUGUUUUGGGACUACAGCUCCCAGCAUCCCUAGCUAACAGGACCAGUGGUCAGGGAUGAUGGAAUUGUCGUCCCCAAACAGCUGGAGGGCCAAGUUUGGCCAUUCCUGGAUUAGGCGCUAUGAUUCGUUAACAGAAUGGGGUCUAAUUAUAUCUGUUAAAUGAAGAGAGUAAGGCAUUAAUGGCUGUCGCUGUCUUCUAGUUUUUUCUUUUGUCCGUCAUUGGAAAAGCAACAGGGACACAAUAUAACAUAAUCUAAUGGUAUUAUCCCCUCUAUCCAUCCAAAUCUACUUGGGAACAUAAAUGUAAGGAAUAGUUGUAGUAUAGUAACUAGUUGUUGUAUAGUAACUCGUUUUAAUCUCUACUCUGCCAUGAACUGAAUAGGCUUUGGGCAGUUGUCCACCUCUGCCAUGGGGUGUGGGAUAAUGACGUUGAUUCACCCCAUAGAGUAGCUAUAAGGAUUAUGACUAGGUAAUGCACGUUAAGGUCUUCAAAAACUUGUUACGUGUUACACAUCACACAAAUACUAAGUACGGGAUUAAACACAUUUACUACCUUCUGUGUGUCCUUGUUCCCCUUUGGGAUACUCCUUUGAUACAUUCAUUCAUCAUUUUAUUUGUGUGCCACCUUUCCAUAGUUGUAAGCCACCUUGAGCAUGGUUUUGACAUGAAGAAAUUUACGUAAUUACAUUCAUAAGAAAGUUAGUCAUAAACAGUAAAUAAAACACAUCAACAGGUGCACAGCCAAACCAAACAAUUUCAACGUAAAUCAUAGUAUGAUCUAAAAAUAAAGAUGCAAAAAAAUAAUGUCCAUAACAGCAGCAGCCCUUCCCCCAACAACCCCCCCCCCCCCAAGAAAUAGCACCCCAAUGCAAGAGUCUGUUCAGCAGCCUCAGCUUCUGCAGCUGGAGUCAGUCAGGGCCCUGCGUUCCCAGGCCAGGUGGAAAAAGGCCUGUAGAUCUUCCAGGACUCACAGCCAAGAUGGUAUCAAGGAAUUAGAAAACCUCAAAUUGCCAUGAGAGCAGGCUAAUAGGUUCAGGAAAGAACAACAGUAGCUGGGGCUUCUGCCUGCUUGCUUGCUCCAGCAGGGUUGGCAAUACUUGGGCCAAGGUUGGAUAUGCCUGAGCUACAGAACUGUUAGUUAUAGGGUCUCCAUUUGGAUUGAAUAUCUUUGCCCUUCUAAUGUAGUAUGUCAUAAUGGUAGGUUAAUGUUCAUUGUUAGUGCCAGUUAGAUAAACUGCCGGAAUAUGUCUGCAGUACAAUUCAGAUGAAUGCCCUGUUGAGUUCAGUGGAACUUCCAGAUAAAUGUGUAUAGAGUUGCAAGCCUGUUUUUCAUUAGUAACUGCCUUUUAAUCUUCCAGCAGAUGGCACUAACAUACCAAUGAUAUUGGUGAAGAGGUCUCUCAUUCAGCGUUUUAACAUUAAAUUUAGAACUCAUAUUUGUCUUCCUGCUUGUUUCCUGUUCGUUUCAGUAGCUUCUCUGUAACUUUUAAACACUGAAAUAGGUGAGGGAUACUCCUUGUGGCUUGCAGGUUAUGUAUAGCUACAAACACUAAUUCAUCUACCUGUAAAUGAGAGACUGUUCUUACAAUUCCAAGGCCCAGUACCGUAUCUUGCUUGGUGCUCAGCAAACCAUGGUUUCCAAAUAGAAGCCAAAUUCUUGCAUGUGAGCUCUUCAUCUGCUUUCCAAAUUUGACUCCACUUCCUGUUUUUUACAUAUAAUUACACAUGCAGUGAUGCAAAUCCUUUUUGAAACUAACCAAUUCCACUCCUGGUUUCAACCCCUUGUUUGCAAACUAUGGCAUGCAUAAUCUCCAGACAGCAAGAAUGUGAGAGAGGUUUUUAGUUGCUUCCCACUAGCUACCUCACUGAAGUCUAAUCAUCAGGAACACUGUAAAAUACGUCUGAAAAAGCUUUGGGGGGUGGGGGUCUCAGGUGGGCUUGUGCUCCUUGGAAGCUCUAUUCUGACAGUGAAAAUGUUCUCAUGUGCCCCUGGGGUAUAUAUAGAGUGUCUUAAGUUCUGCAGAUAAAUGUGCGUUGCUCAGUAUUUUUACCAGUUCUAAUGAUAAAAUUUGGUGUGUUCUAUUAAACAGCAUUUUUCUGGGGUAAAUAAUAUAGCUUCUGCAUUAUAACUUUGCUUUUAGCAAAUGGAACAUAUUUCUGUCUCUCUGGGUUGUUAGUAGGGUUUGAAAAAGUAUUUACAGUGUGUUAAUAGGAGAAGGCAUAAAUGAUACAUGUUUUAUUAAAGAAAUCUGAGCUGAUAAAAAAUCAGAAUAAGAAAUCUUUAGCACCAGUAGUAAAGUUUAAAUCCCCCCUCCCAUAAAAAGGCUCAUUUAUUUUUAUAGCAAUUUGAUGACACAUCUGCUUGCUUUAUUCAGCUGGGGAAAAAAUGUUGGUUCUUGAUGUUUGGUAAAGUUGCUUUUGUUAAAUUAUUUUCCAAAUCGUUCAACUUUUAACAAAUGACAUUUGAUACUAACACUGGAAAGCAAUUUCAGCUAAUUAAGUAGAUCCUUCUAUAAACCAUCAGAACAUUAAGAUGACAAACUGUUCAUUCAGGAUUAUUUUAAUUGGGACAAUUAUUGUAAUUUUGUUGCAAUUAUGUGUUGAGCUAAAAGCCUUUGUCUAAAUCAUUUGAGAUUUUUUUUGUUAACAUAUACAUAACUGAGAAAAGAGAAAUGAAAACUCGAGCAUUUUCUGUCUACUUUUCCAGUACCACAUUUAGACAAAUGAUAAUUACUCAUUCUAUAAACUGUAUUUGAGAUUUGUAGGGUGCUUUUUAAAAAUGAGAACAUUUGUACAAGGUAAUUCUUUUUUUAAAAAAGGUUUCUUCUCCAGUAGGUGGUAGCGGGUUUCUAUUUUAGGACAGUUUUAACCAGUUUUGUUUAAGGGAGAGAGGGAGAAAUAUAUGAGGUUCUAUUGAGUUUGUAUGGAGGUGGUGCUUUUUGAAGUUGCACUUUCUUGUUAAAAUUUAUAUAGCUGGCUUAGCAUUGCAUCCAAAAGCAGCCACUUUGGUACAGUCCUGACAAGAGUUAGGUACUUUGAUUUCAAUAGGAAAUUUGGGUCUUCUUGCAAGGGCACUGCAUUAGAUACAACCCACGUGUUAGCGUGUGCUUACAAUUACUUUUCUAAUAUGUAACAUUUCCCCCUCCCAUAGCUUAUCCUGACAUUUUAUUGCCCCACCUCCCAGUGGCUCAUCCAGUCCAGCAUCCUUUUCUCAAAGUGGGAUGGCUAUGGGAAGGACCUGAGAGCAACAGCACUCUUCUCACUUGUGAUUCCAAUCAGCUGGCAUUCCCAGGCAUACUGCCUGUAAAGUAGAUCAUAACCAUCAUGGCUAGUGGCCACUUACAGCCUCACCCUCCAUUAGAGAUCAUAGAGGUCACAGAAUUAAUUUGUCUAAUCCUCUUUUAAAGCCGUCUGAGUUGGUGGCCAUCGCUGGCUCGUGUGGGAGCGGAUUUCAGAGUUUAGCUAUGCGCAUAAACAUAACAGUUGGUGGGAUAGACACUUUCUGCUGUUGACUGCGCCCAUCUGCUGAAAAGGAGUCUGCCUCCAAGGGUCCACAUGGACAGAAACAGUGGUCAAAGCUUUAGAAAGGAGGAUAGUCCAUUGCUCCUUUUUUACCAUUUGCCUAGCCAGCUGUACUUCCCACCCCAUCCCAUGGCCUGUUACCAUUAAAAAGGAAAUAAACCAGCAGCACACGUGAUGUGCCAUCUUCUCUGCAAAAUUAUAUGCCGUGUCUGUAUUCUGGCACUACCCAGAUAUUAUUAUUUGGAUGUGCCUUGUUUUUGUUAGCAAAUUCCUUCUUGUGUUCAUUGCAUUCUCCCCUUCAGCUUGCCUUAAAAUAUACCCAAUUAUCUAAUUUCCACUAAUUACUUAGUUUGGCUGCCAGAAAUGAUAUGCAUAUGUUUAGUACACCAUUUUACUUUGUCCUUAUUUUACAUUCUUAGUGUUCUUAUACAUAUCUCAGUGGUACUACAAGCCUGAUAUCAACUGUCUAUUUCUGAUUUUUUACUUGAUUGCUAAUUUGCCUCGUUUCUUGUUUAACAAGCUGUAAUAGUUGAAUUUGCAAAUUUUGUUUCAAGAUGAGCAGCCUACACUUCCAAACAACCCAUAGCAUGAACACACAUAAACACACAUCAGUCCUCUUUAUUGGAGAAGACCCAUACUCUCAGACUGCUCUUUACCUUUCUCCCUGUCACUGUACACCCAGCCUCUCAUACUGACCAUCUCUUAACUAGCAUUCUCAAUCCAACCAUGCAUUUAAUCCCUUUUUAUUAUAUUCCCAUUAUUCCCACCAUCUGAUUGAUCUUUCUAUUUUGACCAUCUCCACUAUCUGUGUAGUAGACAAAAGGUUUGUAUUUAUGGAAGGUCCUUCAAACCAUCACUGAAGCCUUGUAAUAGGUGAAUUUACACCCACCAACACUAUCUGUAUUUAUCCGUGCUUCUAAUAAUAUACACAAGUGAUUUUCUGAUUUCGAAGCAUUCAGAAAUUCCUGGUGUUUACUUUUACUCUUGCUAACUUCCUUAUAGCCUUAAAAUUCAACUCCCUGAGUAACCCGUCUCCUUAAUACAAGGCAAAGAUUAUUGUUGCAAAAAAAGAAAGAACGAACAAAACAUUCUGUUAAUUACCUUGUAUAAUUGAUAAGCGUAGUUUGCUCUGCCUGGCUUCAUCCUAAUCUUGUGUUGAAGGAGCAGAGGUAGGUGAAUUGUAAAAUUUGGAGAUAAGAAGAGCAGAAGUUCAAAAGGCAACAAUCCCCAGAAAAAAGUGAGUUGGAAAAAAUGGAAAUGAACAACCCAAAUUUGUGUAUGCAUUGGAAACAAGUUCCGCUGUGUUCAGUGAGGCUUACUGUUGAUAGAAUUGCUACUGUUGAUAAACAGAAGACCAAAAAAAAGGAGUUUAGCAAGAAGCAAUUCAGGCUUCCAAAUUCUGUAGUGUGCAUGUGAGUGCCUUACCUCACAGUGUUGAUCCCUAACCGAAACAAUCUUCAUUGUGCAUGAGAGUUUGAGCGGUCAACAAAACAUAAAAGAGCACCAACAAACCACUGUUAAUUCUGUGGCAAUUUCCCAUCUUCCUGGUCUCAGUUUUGGCACAAAAUAAUGUGCACAUAUUGGCCCGGUUGGGUCACUAAAGUUUGGCUUAGUGUGAACAUGUGUUUCUGGAGAGCAAAUCAUGGUCACUUUGUUCCUCCAUGGUCCUUUCUACUAAUGCAUUGAGAGAAACUAAGGUUUAUUAGCAGCAGAUGUUCCAAAACAAGAAUACUGCUGCCUCCAUCGCAUAAUGUGUAGUCUUUGAACUAACUUGGGUUUUAAGGGCAUGUAACUUUGCAAAAAUUUGUGUGUGAGCGUUUUCCUUUUUUUUAAGUUGAGAAGCACAGACACAUAGAUUUGUGGCCCUUCACCAAAAGAUUAUCAUUUACAUAAAUAUCUCUUUCAACAUAAUAGUUUAAUGUAUUGAGCUCAGAAGGUUAGAAUAGAGAUUUCAAUCUAUAAAACAGCAGUAGGCUAUUAGCCUCUGAACAGGAGUAUUGUUCAUCAUAUGCAGAACACUGUUCACAUUCAGACUUAAGCAGAGCUGGCAUUAAAAUUCAGUUAAUUUGCUUCAUGUGACUUCUCAGCUGUGGUUUUUCAUCUAAGUCUUCAGCUCCUUUUCUUUUGGAAUCUUGUUUUGAAGAAAAAAAAAUACCAAAAAACUUUAACUCUUUGUUCUCGUUCUUAACUUUGUUUUGCGGCAAUUUCAGCCAUGAAUAUGUGAAAAGCUGCAUUUGUUUACAAGUUGUUUGUGAAUUAUUUGAGGGAAGAUUUGGAUAGGAACAUGUUUAAGUUAGUAACGAUAGAUCUGUUACUAGGUUUGUGAUCCUUAGCUAGACAGAAAUGCCUGAUAAACCUUCUGUCUGAAUAUACUCAGGACUUUACAAUGUGGAGUUUCUUUGCUUUCUGUAGAAUUUCAAAGAAUAUUCCAACAACUAAAGAUGUCGAACCUCUGCUUGAAAUUGAUGGGGAUAUUCGCAACUUUGAAGUAUUUUUGUCUUCACGAACUCCAGUCCUUAUAGCACGUGAUGUAAAAACCUUUCUUCCAUGUACAGUGAACCUCGAUCCAAAACUCCGAGAAAUUAUUGCAGGUAAACUGCCAUUUGACUAUCCAACAGGAAAGCUUUUAAUACCAACAUCAGUGUAAUGAAAUGAAUAAAUAAAAUAAAUUACUUUUCUAAGAAAGAGAUAUUUGUAUUAUCAGAACGAAUAACUUACACAAGGACAGUAACAGAAACACUGCAGCACAAAUCCAAGUACAUAGUCACUAUUUAGAAUUGAGUAUGUUUUAAAAGGUAAAGGGCCAUUAGGUCCAGUCGUGGCCGACUCUGGGGUUGCGGCGCUCAUCUCGCUUUAUUGGCCGAGGGAGCCGGCGUACAGCUUCCGGGUCAUGUGGCCAGCAUGACUAAGCCGCUUCUGGUGAACCAGAGCAGUGCACGGAAACACCGUUUACCUUCCCGCCAGAGUGGUACCUAUUUAUCUGCUUGCACUUUGACGUGCUUUCGAACUGCUAGGUUGGCAGGAGCAGGGACCGAACAACAGGAGCUCACCCCGUCACGGGGAUUCAAACCGCCAACCUUCUGAUCAGCAAGUCCUAGGCUGUGUGGUUUAACCCACAGGGCCACCCGCAUCCCUUGAGUAUGUUUUACCCUUCUAGUAAUGAAUAAAGGACUGGCAGUUCUUUAUAAAAAGCAUUGCCCACCUUCUUUGGUCCAUAUGUAAAGUGUCAAUUUGGCAAGAACUGCACAUUAUUGUUGUUAAAUCUCCUGUUGUUAGUGUUCAAACUACUAGUCUCCAGAAUUUAGCAUAUAAAAACCUAGCAGUUCUUAUAAUGCAGGAGAUACACUGUAACAGAGGAAUUAAGAGUUAUUUUAUGUAGUUAUUUCCUGUUGUUAAAAGCAGAAUACACAUAUGUAUUCUGUAGUGCUGAAUAUUGUUUCUGUAAGGGCUGCUUUACAGGCUCUCGUAUGUUGUCCUUUCAGGCAGCUAGAGAAAUAGACUGGAAAUGGUUGGGUUCCCCCCUUCCAGUAUAACAUAAUUUUUGUAUGUUAGCAUAUAACACAUGCAUACUUACAGUGUUUUUUUCUGGGGGGACGCAGGGAUACAUAUACCCCUAAACAUUUUGUGAAUCUUUGUACUUUUGUCCAUUUACUGUAUUUAUUUUUCCCGAUUUGAACUAUAAAAUGGUGAUUUUCUUGAGUCAAAAUGAGAGUACCCCGAAACAUAUAUUUUUUUAAAGAAAAAAAAAGCACUGCAUACAUAUACAGUAUGUACAUAAUGUAUAACAUCUUGAAAGGCAGCUCUCCCUUUGGAGGCAGUGUAUUCUGCAUCAAUAUAAGCCUUUCCUCUUGACCCAGAUAGGCAAGAAUAAACAUGGAAGUCUGGAGAGAGGAGGCUCGUUCCCAGUUUCUUUUGAGGGAAGUCUUUUUUGCUUCUCCUUCUAAAGCCACACUCACUUUUAUUUUCUGCCCCCUCCAGGGUGUUGGGAAUAUUAUUAUUUUUUAAGUGAGAGCCAGGAGGGCAUUGGGUACUCUUAUAUCCUACUGGACUUGGGGACAGGACUACCAUAUAGGUGAUUCCUGAAAAGGCCUGCUCUAACUCUGACUUGUUAACCCAGAGCCUUGCAGAGCCGUUCUGAUGAGAAGUGCUCUUUGAGAAUGACUAGUAUCUCCUGAGAGCCAGCACAGGAAGCAUGAAAGCAACUGUGUACUUAGCAGCCCAGCACGAAUGGUUUUGUGUCCUUUUCUAUUUGGUUGGAAGGGUUCUUCAAGAAUGAGUUGGUUUUCUUUAUGACGAGACAGGAGACAAACCUGUGCCACAGUACCUCACUGUAGUGAGGUCAGUUUUCCUCCCUCUCUGCUCCACUGAAGGCCCAAUUCUUUCCACUGAAGCAUUUUCAAUGUUCCCAGGAUGAAUUCUGCCUUUCACAAGUCUCAAGAAUUCAUUCCUCCCUUAAUGCGUUCAACUUACAUGCUCUAAGUAGACAAAAGUGACAAGCCUUAGAUAUGUGUAGGACCCUAAAUAAUAGGACAGAAUACAGUCAUACCUUGGACGCUGAAUGCCUUUAAACUCUAACGUUUUGACUCCCAAACGAUCGAAAACCUGAAGUGAUUGUUAUGUUUUUUGGAAGCCAAACGUCUGUCGCGACUUCCGAUUGGUUACAGGAAGGUCCUGCAGCCAAUUGGAAGCUGUGACUUGGUUCUCGAAGCAUUUUGGGAGUUGAAUCCCAGAACGGAUUAAAUUCGAGAAGCAAGAUAUGACUGUUCAUUAUGCAAAGCAGUCCAUCAUGGGGUGGGAAGUGUUCGUUGCAAUGGUCAUUUCCUUUCCAGCAAUCUUUUCCUCUUAAUGAGUCUGUGCACCAGAAGAAAUUGGACUCAUCUGGUGUGAUGGGCAGCAGGUUUUGUGGACAUCCUCCCAUUGUUGUUAACAUUCAGGAGUUUUUCAGAACAUAGCACUUAACACCGUGGUAUGGUGGUCUUAAUCAGUGUCUCCACCCAAUUCAGUUGCUUCAUUUUCCAGUUUUUGUCUUCUGUCCCUUCAGAAUAUGAGGAAAAGAGGAAAAAGGUGGAAGGCUGUCACUUGCCUUUAUAUUUAUAAUAUCAUUUAAGAGCCUUGGCUGUGUGUGUGUGUGUGUGUGUGUGUGUGUGUGUGUGAGAGAGAGAGAGAGAGACAGAGAGACAGAGAGACAGUAACAGACAGUAACAGACAGAAAGACAGAGAGAGAGGGAACUUGGAGUGGAGGUGGAAUGAAGCCAAGCAUCAGAAAAAAAACAUCUCAGUGAGUGAGUCUAUUUAUUAUUAUUAUUAUUAUUUAUAAUAGAGGACAAUGCAGUGGGUGAAGGGAGCUGAGGGGAGGGGGUGCUUAGCAUCACCAGUGUCUCCCCUUAGCAUUUUCCCUUCUUCCAUAUGUUUGUUAGCUGCAGCAGCAAAAAAAGGGAGCAAGAGGUAAUAUGAAACUGCCCCUUUAGUCUGCUUCCUGUUGGGACCGGGUGGGGAGAUUGGACAAAUGUCUCAUCCACACACACCCCUACUUUCCUUACUCUUUUUUGAGGUUUGGUUGCCCCUCUCCUUAUAGAAGUAGUGUGGAGACGCACCACUUUCUUGAAGGUCCUUCAUUCAUAAUUCUUGCAAGGUAAUUUGAAAGGAGCAGAACCAGUAGAAUGGGGCGUGUCUACCACUGGCUCUAUCUACCAUUUGCUGCCCUGUCUUCUGCCAGGACCAAUAGAGACCAGCUGCCACUAAUCCUUGCUGUUUUCAUUGCUCUCCAUAAUGGAGCAGUACUCGUAUAUAACAGGGGUUCGAGGAAGCGGGGGUCAGCUCUUAAUUUUUUUAAAUAUUUUUUUUGAGAUUCUGCGUUCUCAGUGUUGAACUACGAGGUCUAGAGAAAGAAAGGAAAACCCUUGUUCUGUCAAGACCUUCCAAGUUUUUGUUUCUGCCUCUGGUUCUGGGAGAGAGAGAGACUGAUCUUAAUGCUGAAUCCACUUCUGUCUCCAGAGAGAGAACAGAACGUGCAACAAUUUGGCAGGAAGCUCUAAUUGUGUCCUUUGUUUUGAUUUUUAGAUUAUACGUUAUUGGCAAUGCUUGCUGAUUACUUUUACAAAUUAAAUAUUUCAGAUGUCCGUGCUGCAAGAGACCAAAUUAACAUUGGAGCAAUCCCAUAUCCCACGUUACCUUUGCAAGAGGCAGCUCCUAGAGCAUCGUCGGUGUUUAGCCAGCCUUCCUCAGCCUGCUCUUCAACACACUCCUUUAAUGGGCCUUUUAAUGCAGGAGUUGUAUCUCCACAGCCUCACAGCAGCUACUACAGUGGCAUGACCGGACCUCAGCAUCCAUUCUAUAAUAGAGUAAGAAAGAAAGCUGCUUUUGAAAAUUGACGCAUGAUGAUGACGAUUAUUUUCCUGGGGUAAUAAAUACUUUGUUUAAAAUCCCAGCAGAAAACUGAUGAAAACCAUAGCAUUUUUAUUCAUAAGUACACAGCAAAUCUCAACCAUUGGGCUAAGUUUGUGAAGAAAUGCACUUUUGGUUCAAAUGAUGCAACAGUGAUGAAAUAUUUUGGAAUAUGUUCAGAAUUUUAAAAAAAGGAUUUUGUCUCUUUUAGUGUGCUGGUUUUGAACAUGCACGUUUGAACAAGGCUAUCGGUAGCUAUAAAUCUUUACGUAAUUGCAGGAAGUAGACAAAUGGAAGAAAGAUUAGGCUCCAUGGUUUUGGUAACUGCAUAGAAGGAAGGUUGUUUAUAGGGUUGCUCAUAGGUUAAAGCGGCUUCCCCAACCUGGUGCCCUCCAGAUGUUGUUGGACUCGCAACUCCCAUCAUUCCUGACCGUGGGCCAUGCUAGCUGGUUUUGAUCGGAAUUGGAUUCCAACAGCAUGUAAAAGGCAUAAUGUUGGCUGCUUAGAAUGUGCAAAGCCCACUUACAAGUAUGGAGGUAUGGCAUGUGUUGAACUAGUCUUCUCAGUGGUUUACCAGGUUGCCAAGUGCUACACAAACCAGUCUCUGAAAAAUGUGUUCAACCAGGGUGCUGUUUUGCAGUCUGGAUGCAUGUAGAAUAGUUCAUCAACCUAGUAUGGGCGACCAUAUUUUGGCUUGAAAUGAGAUGCAAAUGAGCCUUUUGCCUGCACACACAGCCUUUUUGUUCUUCUCUUUGCAGCGUGAGCAAUCAGACCAUGAAUCAUGUAACUAUAGUUUGCCCUUUUGCUCAAACCAGGAAACUGUGCUUGCUAGCAUAGCUCUGGAAAAAGUCAUUAUAGCAAACCAGCUUCAAACACUGGUGAAUAGUCUGGGAACUUUGGCUAACUAGAGGGCUCUUUUUUUAAAGAGUGAAAGGUUUGUAUGUGCAAGCAAAAUAUUUGUUCUUAUCUCUGCUUAUUAAGCUAAUAUGUGAUCGUCCAAACAUGGUGAUUGUGUGCAAACCCUGCCAAAACCUGUGUGUGUUGACUUCAUCACACAAACUGGAUUAAGACUGCAACUUUAUAGCCAGUUAUCUCUGCAAGUAAGUCUCAUUGAACUCACUGGGACUCACAUAUGUGUAGACAUGUAUAAAAUUGUUCUGUAAAUGUUGGGCUAGGACCCUUCAGAUGUAGACCCAGAUACGUGCAUAGUCAUGAAUUGGCCAGUCACUAAGUUUUUUAAUAUUAGAGGUCUCCAUCACACAGUAUUUUUCAAGUUACACCUGACAAGGUUUGAGAAGCAGUCUGAAUUCUAAAAUUGAUGAAAAUUGAAUAACACAAAUUUGUCUCUUGAAUUCACCCGUGGAACACUUCCUAUAUACUUAAGCCAUAGUCCUCAAGUCAUAUUUAUUCCCGUGAGAUUAUUCAAGUAUUAGAAUGGAAUUAAACUGUCUGAUUUUAGUAUUUGCUCUAAAUUGUCUCAUUUAAUUGCUUUUGGAAGGUGUAUAGAUGUUUUCAUAAUUCAUUAUAAAAAUGUUCCAUUGUCCUACUGUUUGUGUCUCGUUGAACUAAAUUGGAAAUCUCUCAUUGGCUUCAAGUUGGGUAUGUAACUACCUAAUUAUUUCACCUUUGAUAAUAUUCAAAAUAGGAUUGUUAAAAUUACCUCAAGAAGUAAAUUUUGUGUGUGUGUGUGUUUUACUUUUAUGUUUUACAUUCUUAAAUAAGUUGUAUUUGUUGAAUUAAGUUUUCUUUUGAUUUUUGUAAUGGUCCCUUUUUGUUGCAUGUUUUUUUCCAUAGCCAUUCUUUGCCCCAUAUGUUUACAUGCCAAGGUAUUAUCCUGGCAGUUCUCAUCUCAUCUCACGUCCAUCACUAAAAACGAGUAUGUCCAGGGAACAAAGCAGUGGUCUAGUAAGUAUCUCAAACAGUACGUGAACAUGCUAACUUACAAAAUAAGAUUAGUCAAUAAUUCAGCAGUAGAUGUUUAAUGUGAGCACAUAAAUGCACAAGCAAUUUUUAAAAAUAUCUUUUAUAAAAAUUAAAGCUAAGGUUAACUAAGAUUGUAAAAUGUGUUUUUUUCAAACUUUUUAACAAGUUUAUAUACAUAGAAAUUUUGAACUCUAGUAUUAAGAGUAAUAUGUAAGAGUCUUACAGAAUAUUUUUAUAGAGUGAAAAUAUAGAGGUUCUGUUUAUAGUAUGUAAUAAGUGUAGUUAACUUAUUGUGAAUUUAGGUGUCGUUUGCUAGAAUAAAAUGAUUAAUGUUAAGCCACUUAUAGACUACAGAAAGAUAAUGGUUGUACCCAACACUACUGUUCUGCUUGCACAACAGAAUUUUAUUUCCCCUCCCUUCCCUCUGCAGCUGCCUACACACUCUCAGAAUUUGCUCCAGAGUGUUGGGGGACCCCCAAAAGCAGAUUUUGGGGGAAAGGAGAGGAAGGGGAAGUCAUGUUGUGGGAGCAGGCCUCCUUUUGUGCAGUGUUGGAUACAACCUAAAGGUUCUUUUUUGUUUAGAUUUAAGAAAAUAGCAAACCAUAAUGACAAAGGGGAAGCUGUGGAUCAAAAAUUUGUAUGUUUACAUUCAGAUAUAAAACAUGCAAAACAGAUAUGUUUUGUCUUUAGUUUGGGCAAGUUCUAGAAUUUGAAUUUUCCUUCCUCAUAUAAAUUGAACUUUUAACCACAUUUGUGAAAUGGUGCCAUAAUUCCAUAAAUUAAAAUUUUCUUAACAGGAAAUCACAUUGUACUAUGUUCUUUAAAUAGGAAGUAUUAAGAAAAUUAUUAAGCUACUUCAGCUGUGGAAUAUAGGUGCCUUUUGGGCAAAGCUGUGCGGAGUUUAUAAAAAUGUUAUUGUAAACAUCUUCAAAACCUAGUAGUAGGCAGUUAUAGCCGGUGGACCACUAUUGACCUGCAAAGACUUCUAAUCUGAAAGAGCGUUUCUUCCCAGUUCCCGGGAAUGACUGAUCUGCUGCUGAGUCAUCACAGGCGCUCAGUUUGGAUGUAAUGCUUGGCCAUAACAUGAAUGAGCCUUGCGUUCACAUGCCUCUUCCUCUUUUGCUUCAUUUCAAGUUCUGAUUUGUGGACAAACUAUGCUCCACACAAGGCAUUGUUUGCCUAGCAGUGAUGUGUAAUGGCAAACAAUGGCUUCCUGCUAACCCGGAAGUAAUGUAGGGAAUUGAAGCAUGUGAAAGGAAGAGAAGAGGGGUGCAAACUGUUCCUGAUUGUGUGCUGGGAACCAACUCACAGUGGCCACGCACGGUUCUUUUUCACAGGUCUGGGGGAAAAGCCUUGUCGAGCCACAUUAUGUUCUUGCAAGUCUUAACGUUCCUCACCCCUUAAAAACAAAAAACCAGUUCUUUUGCAGAAUGAUAUAUUCUUUUCAUCCAUUGUUCCUUCAUACUUUCGUUGCAUGCUUAACCGUUUUGUCCAAAUCAUAAUAAUUUGUUGUUGUUGUUAGGAUGUUAUCAAGGAGGAUGCUGCUGAGUGGCUUCCUUCACCCACAGACCCCUCAAUGGUAAAUGAGUAGUCAUGUGGUGUGGAUCCUUAGCAUCUCAUUGCUUCUUCAACAGUAAUGAGUCUGCUUGAAUGACCAUGGCAGUUCACUAACACUGCAUUGGUGGCUUGAUGAGCAAAUAGAAUAGAUGAAGACUAAUGAACAUAGUUUGUGAAUGAGUACAAGAGUACGAGCUAAUAUUCUACUUAUAAUGCAUAUUGUAUUUGUCUUUCCCUUGCUAGCCUUCUGUAGUCUGUGGAGUACAGUGUUUUCAGUAGAGUACAGUGUGUUCUGUCUUCAUUAGCAGUAUUGCCCUGGCUAGUAGAAGGGAAUUAGGCUAUUAGCUAUUCACUUACAUAAAAGUGACUGGUUGAUGCCUUCUCUAAGUGUUUUAGCCAAAUGAUUCAUACCUGCCCUUUCUUGGUUAUGUCAGGGCAUAAAGCUGCUGCAGUCGACAAGACAUAAAGCUGGUCAUAAGACAGUUGUCAUGAGAAUGGAAGGUGCCUGUCUGGAGCCUUAGGAAUAGGCAGGCUUUGCAUUUUACAUUCUAUCACAGUUGUUCUUGCCAUACAAAUAUCUCCAUAGAUUAGCAUUAAACUCGGAUCUUACUUCCAAAUCUUCUAACUCUUAACUCUAUUUUAAAGUUGUUGAUUUGAACUUGGAUGGUAACCCAUCUCUCAAUGGCUUUAUCAUGUUUUUCUGCAACAGCUUUUGGUUGUAUGAUUUUAGUUUUCUGAUCAUAGUCUAAAUACUCAUGCAGGAUAAACUCAGUCUCUCCCACCUUCUUCCAAAUAUUUUAGAGAAAAAGAUGAGGAUUCCAUCAAAAUUCACCCCUCACCCUGCAUCACUUCCACCUUGUUUAUAGCUUGUGGUAGUGCAGACGUAGUGUUUCUCAACCUUGGGUCUCCAGUUGUUUUUGGACUACAACUCCCAUCAUCCCUAGCUAGCAAGACCAGUGGUCAGGGAUGAUGGCAAUUGUAGUCUAAAAACAGCUGGAGACCCAAGGUUGGGAAACACUUGUGUAGACGAAUCACCUGCAUAAUGGAUAUGUUCCAGCAAAAUGACCUAGCCUGCCUCUUCUCCCUUCACACCUGUUGUUCAGUGACAGCAGACUCCUUCCUUCCCUUGUGGCCACCACAUUGGCCAUUACUGGUGCAAGUCUUGAGUGAAACAAGUCAAUGGAUAAUUUAACAACAAAGAUAAAAGUUGGACUGAUUAUGUUAUGUUACGGAUUUGGGAAUCCAGCCUAACAUAUGUUUGAGUACAAUGAUAAUCAUUCCCAGGGAAAGGUACAUACAGAAGCAUUCAUAUAAACAGAUAGGAAUAUAUAUAGUUUUGAGUAGUUGCACAGAGCCUGUUUUUCUCCUGUUCAAGCUGAUAUAAGAUGGUUUACCCCCCAUGGAUAGUAGGUUCCCUUUUUAUAACAGCUUUAUGAUACCGAUAAAACACACUUUCUUCCCUUGCUAUCUUUCUUUUUAUUCACAAGUGCAUUUGAAUUAAUUAAAAGGUGCUUACCUGAUUGUAUAGUAAGAUUUUAAUUAUUUCCUAGUGAUUAUUUGAGAAAGUGUGAGUGACCUCAACCUCACACUUUUCUGAAGUUUGAAGAAGGUGUCAGUUUUGAUAAAAUGUUUUAAAAUGUUUGUCUCAUCAAAAUUCUAAGUUCUUUUUUUACAUUCUCUUAGGCAGUCUCUGCCACAAGUGUUAUAAAAACUUGAUAGAUUACAAGGUGAUUGUACCAGGAGAAUGGACGAAAUCGGUUUUAUUAAACAUAAUACCUUUACAUUUUGCUAUUUAGAAAAGACCAAAACAAGGUAGAAGGAAAGCAUUACUAAAAGAAACUAGCAUUAAUAAAUGAUGUGAAAAUGAAGGAUUUAGUUUGCAUUAAAAAUUGAGUGUCAUUCAUGUUGAAGCAUGGUACAGGCAUGAUUCUAGUAUUUCACCCCAAUGGCACUAUGCAUGUAAUAAUAAUAAAUCCUGCUAUGGGUUCUGCAGAACUGUUUAACAUAACGGGCUAAGUCACACUGAAGUAACUGCUUUCAGUGGGACUCUUGCUGGAUUCUUCUCAGUGAAAGAAAUUGGUACUAUACCCAUGGCCCUGAAUUGAGUAUACAGCUAGGUCUUGUUAUCAGCAGUAAAAGCAAGGAACCUCCAGCACUGGCCAUUGCAGUAAGAGUAAAAACCUAGCUACAGCUGGAGAAACAUUUGCUGGAUUACAAUCCCUCUUUGCAAUAAAUCAGGUAUUUUAAUUGUAUAAAUAUGAAGGGUGGAAUUGAACUCAUGUUUUGCUCAGAAUAGACCUGUUGAAAACAAUGGCCUUAACUUCGUGGUGUUUGUUAAUCUAAGUGGGUUUACCCUUGAGUAAAACACAGUUGAACAAAGACAGUACUCACUGUGCACAAUGAGUCUUCACCUUACUCUCCUCCUCUCUCCAAACCAUAGAAUGCCCUCAAAAUCUGUUCCAGAGAGUUGGGGUACCUUCUAGAGCAGAUUUUUCAGGCACGUGAAGGCUGUAGAGGGGAGGAAGGGAAGGCGACUCCUGUUGUGUGAACGGAAGUCAGCGCAGGCAGUAUUGGAUACCAUUUUGAACCCAGAAGCCCUGAGUUUUCAUUAUAUUUUUUACACAGUCUUCUGUGCCUUAAUAGCCCUCCGUAGCAGGGGUGGCAAAGCUGUGACCCUGCAGAUGUCGUUGGUCUCCCAUCUCCCAUCAGCCCCAGCCAGCAAGGAAUGAUGGGAGUUGGAGUCCAACAGCAAUGGGAGAGCCAAAGUUUGGCUGCCCUUGCUUUGCAGGAAUUUCACCGCAGAUCAAAAGUGUAAUGAGCUGCAGAUGUGCGUAAAAAGUUCUCCCGUUCAUACCAUGUUGUCAAACAGUUGCUCUAAGUGUCUCUGAGGGCCUGAGACUGCACUGUGGGGUUUUGAUCAGUGACGCCAUAUCAGAAACUGCUUUUAAAAGCACAACAUCGGUUUGCAAUGCAACAUGGAAUUACUGGAGAAACACAGGCACAGAAUCCCCUUGGGUGUGUAGAAGAGUUCUUUGGAUCUUGUCUAACAUGUGUUAAUCAGGAGGUAUUCCACUUUUAAAAGAAAUCCCAGCUGUUUAUCCUCCAUCACUUUGACAAAGAAAUCUUAAUAACCAUACUAGCUCAUUCUUUAAUGGCAUUUUUUUCAUGUUUCAUGUUAAGCUGUGUCACUUUGUUUUGUCCUUUUUCUUAAAGCAGUGUAAAACUGGGUUAAACAGACAGAGACAGGUACAGCAACUUUCUGCAAACUGUUCACUUAUUUUUAUAUUCUCAUUGUAGAAUGUCCAUACUAGCACUUCAUGCUGGCUGUCUUAUGCACUAAUGCACUUUUCAAGUCUUGAGGAUUGCUUUGACAUUCUGCUUUUGGAUUUUGCAUGGCAGAUAUUUAGUAGAAUUAAUGUUCUUUCCACAUCUAUAAUGAAAGAGACUACCACUGGGGGGGGAAAUAUGUCAGUUUUAAGUACAGUUCCAAUUCACUUAUGACAAAUAUCACUAAAAGCACCUGCACUGCUUAUUAUUUAAAUACUGCUUUUUUAUAGGAAGUAUUCCAGAUUAAACUGAAUCUCUGUCAUAUGAUUCAUGCAUUGACAUCAGUAAUCUAUGUAUUUUUGUAAGAAAAAUCUUCCCUAAAAUAGCUUACAAUGCAUGCUGAAAUGACUAUUUGCCACUGAGAUACAGCAUCAGUAAUUACUACAUUUUGUAUUUUAGCAAUUUUCUGCUUUCCUUCCUGCUUCAUACAUAGUUCAGAUACUGAGUUUGGUAACUGGAUAGUUGGAAUUGUAACUGAAUUCUAAACAUGUUAGGAAAGCCCACUAAAACUGUAUAUAGAAUUUAUAUAAUAUAGAUAAAACUAAUGCAUUUAGGCGUUAUUUUUAAUAUUGUUUGAAUUACUGAGUUGAGUAGGAAGUUAUCUAUAACAUUCUGCUUCAGUUUUUAUGGACUAUUUUAUUCAUUAUCUUUAUGCCUUAUUAAAAUUGUGACUUCUGUUAAGAAAACGUUAUCAGAGCCACUUGUCGAAUGUGAAUAUGGGCUACACAAUGAGACUUAAGACUACCACUGCUACAUAUUGACCAAGGAAGAUGGAAAGCCCUAGUUAUCCAUCUCCAUGCAGCCAUAGUCUGUGUGUAUGUGUAUGUAUGUAUAUGUAAACACACACACGCCUGUCCCAUGCAAUGCUGGGGUGGGUGGGGAGGGAGGAAUUUCCCUGUUCAAGCAGGCUUUUUUGUGUUGUGUGCACACUGAAAACUGGGACGCCCUCCCCCAUAAUAGCAGGCACACACUCCUUCCCUCUGCAUCUGAUCACAGUAGAAUAGAUCCUGAGAAAUGUAUGGUCUCAUUGACCAUUUUGGGAUCGCUUAAAGAAAAAUAAUUACUACUUUGUCAAUGUUAUAUUGAUUAGUAAUGUGUGUUAAGCUGUGAAGCCAGUCUUGUGAAGGAAUAUUUCAAAAAACUUGUACAGAUGAUUGUAAUCUUUUUCCAAAUUACAUCCCUCUCUUAGUGGCCACCCUCAGGUGUAAUGAUAACCUAAAGAACCUUGGUUUAAUAAACUGUAUAGUGCCUGGCGAUGCCCACUUUGUUCUUCCCUUUGCAGAAUGGAUAUACGAACCAUGGAGAGGAUUAGCAUGGCAUCCAAACAUGGGAUCAUUGUUUUCUUUCUUUCUCCCUAGCAAGUCAGGAUUAAGAAGCAAACAACCAACAUUGGUUUAAGACUAUCCAUCAAUUCUGGCACCAGCAUGUGGGUUGUGCACAGUGUGGUUUAUUAAGCCAACGUCUUUGCUCAUUUUAACAUGCAACCACUGAUCACUUUUUUUUUUUACGCCAACUGUCUUUUAAGAUUACAGUUUUGGGCGGUAUCCUGGUGUAGAGGUUAUACAGAAAUGAGGCAUAGAUUUAGCAUCUGAGAAUCUUUUUUUGUUUGUUUUAUGGUAGCACGUUUUUUGUUAGUAGUGGGCCUGACUCAAGCACUCAAGGAAACCUUUUCAAGACUGCAGUAAGCAAACAGAUAAAAUAAAAAUAAAAAUCUGCUUAAUUUUAUUUCCACCUUGCACCAGACAGGUUGCAGUCUGCUUUCCAGACAUUUUCUGAAUACUGUAAUGUAUCGGUUGUCACAGUUUGGCUUCCAGUUGCUUUGACAGGUCCUUAGUUGAAUCUGCUACCUGUGAGCUGAGCUGAGUGCAAACACCCCACAAUGGCAUUAAAAUACUUUGUUGCUGCAACUUCAUGCCCUUUCUGAAGCAGCUUGUUGUUCUGGUGCUUUCAGUGCCAAAAUACUUUGGAGAAGUUACGUUACUCAAUUGCAUCCUUUCUUGCAAAUAUGUUUAUUUAGCACCUUGAUUAUGGUCCUUUAGACAGUGAGCUUUCCAGGCUUUUGAAUGUGAAAAAAGAGAAUUUAUGAGUUUCUCAGAGCAGUGGAAUUUUCUGUGUCAAUGAGGUAGCUCCUUAUUAAACAAGUUGGGUGAGGAUGCUACAGUUCUUUAAAGAAGCCUUCAUUUUUUGGGAGACGGACAUGAUUUUUUCUAAAAAAGACACGCUUCCAUUAGCAGAGAACCUUAGUGGUUUUAAAGCACCAAUUUACAAAAUGUGCAUUUAUUUCCCUUGCACGUAACACACACAAACACAUAGAGGGCUUUCAUGUGGCACAACUGCCUCUUGGAUUCCUCCCUAAGACAAAAUGUCUAAAACUGGGGACAUACCUUUAUGUCCCCCUCUUUAUUGGCUCAGGCAAUUCAAAAAGCAUCGGGCUGCAGCCAGUGUUAGUCCUACUCAGAGUAGACCCUUUGAAAUAAAUUGACCUAAAUUAGUCAGGUUUAUUAAUUUCAUUGGGUCUGCUCUUAUUAGAACUAGCAUUAGCUAAGAUCUGGUUCAAGGACACUAUGCUAUUGUGCCAGGAAUCAUUGGGACAGAUGUAUACAAUGAGUGAUAUUUUGAGCGUCUUCCUUGGUACUUAGACCUUGCUCUCAUAAGAACCAAGCACUGAAAGUAUAUGUGAAGAAUAAGUACACUGCAGAGGUCAUCAAGUUUCCUUGGUCUUUAUGUCAGAAGUUAUUUAACUUUUAAAUCCAUGAACAUCUUGAGCAAAUUUCUAAUGGGUCUUCUUGCUUAUAACGACGCAAUGCAAUUAUUAUUAAUGUUUAAAUACUUUUUAAAAACUGGAGUAUUAAUCUGGAAAGGACAGUGCUUCAACUGGGGUGGGGCAGGGGCACCAGACAGUAUACCAACAUUCCCAGUUCUUGGGGGGGCGUUGCCUUUCCAUUGUGAUUCAGAUGCGUGUUACACUUUGCUUCUGCAAAGAAAAGCAGUAGGCAUAAUGAGCCUCUGAACGUAUUGCAUGUAUGUACUUCUCCUUUGCGCAGGGAACAGGCUCAGGAGCACCCCAAGUGCCUUUGAGCUCGAUGACGGUUGACGCUGUGUGCGAGAAGCUGAAACAGAUCGAAGGACUCGACCAGAAUAUGCUGGCUCAGUACUCUGCAACUAUAAAGAAGGUGAGUCCCUUCGUUUUAAAAUGGCACAUCCUUUUUCAUUUAAAAAUGGCACCUUCUACGUUCUCCAGCAAUCAUAUAAUGAGUGUCCCUUCCUUUUCUGCAAAACUCAUUGCCAAUUGAAUACCGACAUGUGAUGCAGAAAGCACAACAAACUAGAAGAAAGAUGGUGAAAGAAGAGAACAUAGUUUGUUUUGCUCUAAACAAACCGUGAUAGGACAAGUUGUGUUCUUGGCUUACUGAAUAUGGUUGGUUAGAGAGAGAGAGAGAGAGAGAGAGAGAGAGAGAGAGAAGCCACAGUCCCUGUUUCAUAUGUAAGCUGAGGACUAUGGUUUGUUUUUUGUGCAUUCGCAUGAAGGAACAAGGCAGCGUUCAUGACAAACCAUCACUAUGAAGUUAAUCUUUGUUAGUAACUUCUUUUUAUUGUGUUGCUGUAUAUUUUAAGUGGUAUUGUCACUGUUAGGCACCUUGGGUGUUAUUUGUAGGAAAGGCAGAAUAUAUAUUGUAGUAUUGAUGAUGACGCCUGCUUCUUGGGAGAAAGGCGAUGGCAAACCUAGACAGCAUCUUAAAAAGCAGAGACAUCACCUUACCAACAAAGGUCCGUAUAGUUAAAGCCAUGGUUUUCCCAGUAGUUAUGUAUGGAAGUGAGAGUUGGACCAUAAAGAAGGCUGAUCGCCGAAGAAUUGAUGCUUUUGAAUUAUGGUGCUGGAGGAGACUCUUGAGAGUCCCAUGGAUUGCAAGAAGAUCCAACCUCUCCAUUCUGAAGGAAAUCAGCCCUGAGUGCUCACUGGAAGGACAGCUCCUGAAGCUGAGGCUCCAGUACUUUGGCCACUUCAUGAGAAGAGAAGACUCCCUGGAAAAGACCCUGAUGUUGGGAAAGAUGGAGGGCACAAGAAGAAGGGGACGACAGAGGACGAGAUGGUUGGACAGUGUUCUCGAAGCUACAAACAUGAGUCUGUCCAAACUGCGGGAGGCAGUGGAAGACAGGAGUGCCUGGUGUGCCCUGGUCCAUGGGGUCAUGAAGAGUCGGACACGACUAAACGACUAAACAACAACAACAAAAGUGAUGAUGAUGAUGAUGAUGAUAUCAUCCAUCAAGGGUGCUACCCCAAGAAUACCUGGUUGAGGCGUUGACUUCCCUUUUCCACCCUACAUCUUUUAAUCCCAGUCCUAUUCAGUGUGAUACAGCAACACUGAUCCACUACAUUGCAUAGAGCUGAAAUUAAGAGGUUUAUAAAGUUUUUUUGGCUGCUAAAAGAAUCAGUGCACUGAAUGUUUUUUUAGCAUGCUGGAUCUUUGUUUGCAAUUAUUCCCUGGUUGGCACAGGGUUAGCUCAGACUGAUGGAAAUCUCUAAAGCUGUUAAGGCUCACUUCUGCUUUCGAAGAGGGAAUUUAUGUACCCCUGAGCUUGGCUUGAGAACUUAGCUGGCAUCUCAACAGGAAACUGCUGGCAGAAAGCUGGACAAGGAGCCUCUAAAGCUCUGUUGUACCAUGGAUGUUCUGAACAGGUGUCUGAAAACUGGGAUGGAUGAGGGCAAACAGGUUGACACUUAAUCUAGAAAAGAUUGAAGGGCUGUUAGUUGGGAAAUUCUACUGAUACGGACAAAGAAAUGUAGCCAUCUUCCUCCAUAAUACCUACGUACUCAUGUCUCACUUCCUCUGAAGGAUCAAAUUUGCAGCUGGGGGAAUUUUCCUGGACCUAGCACUAACCUUACAGGCUCAGAUGGCAUCAGCGUUUCAGAUUAUCUUUUUUCUAUUUUGGCUGAUUUUGCCAACUGUGUCCCUGUUUGAGGAAAACAGACCUGGUUUAAAUUAUUCAUGUGCUGGUACAUCCAGAUUUUUGCAAUGCUUUCUACAUGAGGCUGCCAUAAAAGACAGCUUGGAAACUUAAUUGGUUCAAAAUGUAGCCGCCAAAAUACUGAUAUUAGCAUGCUGGUUGGAUCAGGCGACACCUAUCCUACACCAGUUACACUGGUUUACUGAUAUAUAUACACUUUGGCUCAAUUUAAGGUGCUGGUUUUGACUUUUAAAGCCCUCAGUGCCUUGGACUCCCAGGACUGCUUUUGCCAGUAUGAACUUAUCAGACAUUUAAGAUAGUCAUCUCAUGCUUGUUUUAUGUGAACCAGAGAUGGAGCCUUUUCUGCAGCAGCACCUUGCUUGUGGAAUUCUGUCCCUGGGGAAAUUUGCCCUCUUACACUUUUAAGCGCUUAAUUUUUUUUUUGAAAGGCACUUUAUUAUAAGUUUCUAAAUCUACAUUUGCUGACUUGCUUUUUGAAAUAUUUUCAGAUGGGCUGUUUUUGUUAUGUUUAUUUAUCAAUUCUUUUUUGUUGUUGUUUGAAUAUAUUUUCGUAAACUGCCUUGUGAGAAGGCUUUCUAAAAGGCCAGAUUUAAAUCCAGAAAAUGCAAAUUCCCUGUACGUAAUUAAGGAAUAUGAUGCAUUUGAUUUGUUUUCUUGACAUUACAAAUUUACAAUUUGUUUUAUGUCAUAGUGGAAAUUAUAAGUUUGCAUAUUUUAUCAAAGUGUUUAAAUUUCUUCUUGCAAAAGGUACAGUUAUUCUAUCCCACUCGUAUUAACUGUGUACUUUCACGUGAAAUUCAAUUUCAGGGGUUUUUUUAGCUUACGAAAUAUUUACAGAUGGCAAGGGUGUGUUUAUCUGUGUUGUGUUUUUAAAAUUUGUUUAGGCCAAUAUAAACGGUCGCGUUUUAGCACAGUGCAACAUUGAUGAACUGAAGAGAGAGAUGAACAUGAAUUUUGGCGACUGGCAUCUCUUCAGAAGUGCAGUAAGAGAAUUUUAAGUCUUAUGUAAAUACAAACGCCUUGUUGACGGUGUUUGUGUGGCUAGAUCCUAGUCAUGUUAGCUUGGAAGUAACUCCCACUGUCUUCAGUAGGAGUUAGCACAGGGGCUGGGAAUUGCUGGCUCACAGUCUGGAUGCUCCCCACCCAGCCUGCAUCAUCAACUCCCAACCCCUUCACCUACCAGUACCACAUUUAGGCUUCACAAAAUCCUCUUAUUGAUCCCAUUGGUGGGUUAUUGAAGCCUGAAUGUGGCACAGUGGGGCAGUGAAAAGCUAGCCUUUCCUCUCUGGCUGCAACCCCACCCUCUGCUUUAAAAUCCUUCCUCUUGUCCAGGAAGAUGGUUUUUUGGAGGAGCAAAAAAUACUGAGACUGAGAAGGUUAUUUUGAGAGAGAUUGCAUGUGAGAGAGUGAAUGGGUGUGUUGCAUGUGUGAGCAAGUUUCAUGGGGGAGAUGUUCUUCCUUUGACCACAUUCAUUUUGGGCUUGUGGUCCCCAGUCGGGCUGGGUGAUAUCUGGUUUUCAACAUUGUGAUAUAUCAGCAACUAAACAUUGUAAUAUACCUAUAUAUCACAAUGUCUGAAGUAAGGAUGGAGCUAUGUCAGCUGGCUUCACAUUUCUUCCUGCAUUGUGAUUUUUGCUGGCUUCUCCUCUUGUGAUUUGCUGCCCCCUCCAGGUGGCAGGGGAGAGUUAGCAGGGACUGCAGGAAUCGAGAGAAGCGUUGGCUGGCUUCUUGGUUUUUGCACAUUGUGAUUUUUGCGUAGCACACACACACACACACCGUGAUUCAUGAUACAUGGUCAGGUCAAAAAUUAUGAAACUCAUCUCAUGAUACCAACUUCAAACCGGUUUUGCACAAUAUAUUGCCCAUCCCUGUUCCCCGUAGGGUUUGCUGUCAAACUUUGUAGAUCUCAGCCAAAUAAAGGUUCCUCACUCUUGGUUUAGCACCAGGUACUAUACAUAGAUAAAGACAUAGAUCUGUGCAAGUAGAUAAAUAGGUACUGCUCCAGCGGGAAGGUAAACGGCGUUUCCGUGCGCUGCUCUGGUUUGCCAGAAGCGGCUUAGUCAUGCUGGCCACAUGACCCAGAAGCUGUACGCCGGCUCCCUCGGCUAAUAAAGCGAGAUGAGCGCCACAACCCCAGAGUCGGUCACGACUGGACCUAAUGGUCAGAGGUCCCUUUACCUUUACCUUUACCUUUACUAUACAUAGAAAUGCAGCCUUUGCAUGCUUUGGUUUGCCUAACUGUAAGGCCUUGCUCCUGCAAAAUAAUAUCUGACAUCGUAUCUGGCAUAGUGUUUUUAUAUAAAGUGGCAGCACUGUGCCAGGAAUGUUUGCUUUUUACAAGGCUUUGCGGCCUUGAACAGUUGUCUGUUUCAGCCCUGUCAGUGCACUCAUAGAAAGCCUGGGUGAGUAUUUAUAGGAGGCAUUGGGGAAAGAAAGGAGUUAUUUAUUAAAGCAGGGGUGGCCAGCCUUUUUUUCUGUUGAGGGCUGCAUUCCUUUGGGGGUGAUCUGUCAAAGCUGCAUGCCGAGCUGAUGGGCCGAAGCCCGUGAUUGGGUGGGCAGAGCCAAAAGUGGCUUUUACUUACCCCUUUUACUUUUUCUCUUUCGCCUUCCCACCCCGCGGGCUGCCAGGAAAGGGAUGGAUCAGUCUUGCCGUAGGCUUGAACUGAUCCCUUGCAGAGAGCUUUUGGAAUUAAGUAGAGUGCCACAGGUUGCCCAACCCCAUACUAAAGUGAUCCUCUUAUUCCACUUACUAGAAACUGUCCAUUGAUUUAACACACAAUUAUAUAAGAUUGGCGUUUUGGAGCAAACAUCUUGAUACCGUGUACUUGCAUAAAUGUGUAUGUCCUAGCUUGUUUGUGAAAAGUGUUCACAAACACAGAACAGGUUCCAAAGAGUCCCUUGUGCACAUGUCUUCAUAUACACGCAGUGAGAGUUUUCAGGUUUCCCCUUCUCAUUAUGUGACAGUAGGAUCUCCUCUGCUGGGUCUCCCGAUUUUCCAGAGUAGCUUUUCAGUGAUUUCAAAGAACUUUUUCAAGGGUUUUCACAAAUCCUGGUUUUCUCACAGAAGUGUGCUUCGCAGCUUUAUAUUCUUUGACUUGUUUAUCCAGUGUUUAAUCACCUCAACCAGAUUAUCUUUUCAGAGCUUUUCAUGCUGCAUCCUAAUUGCUGCAUUUUCUGUGUUAGGUGCUUGACUUGAGAAAUGUUGAGAGUCAGGCUGCCCAUGAAGAUUCCCGGGCGGCAAAUGAACACGCCAGUACCAUACCUCAUAAUGAUCUUGCUCGUCGUCCUGCACUGAACACUGAAUUGCCUCAUACUGAACUGACUGGUCUUCCGGGUCAAGCCCCCUACGCUCUCAACUUCAGUUUUGAAGAGUUGAAUACCAUUGGUUUAGAAGAAGCCCCUCCACGUCAUAGUAACCUGAGUUGGCAGGUACUCUCUUCAUCAUAGACUUAAUCUCAGCCCAUCCUCUCUCUCUUAACAUUAGCAAUUUUACAGAGCAAAUAGCUUCUUCCCUCACCCAAAUCAGCAGGCAGUGGUGGCAUGAAGAGGAAAUGCCACAUUUUAUGUUCAUUAAAUGUAUUUUCUGGAGUUACAAAUAUUAACCCCAUUUCAGGUCCUGUUUUUUGUUGUUGUUUCAGUUUAGUUGCUUGAUAUGCAAAGUGACUUACAAAACACCAGAUGGAGACAUAGAAAUCUCCUAUUUGGCACUGUUUCCCCCUUUCACUUCAAUGGAGAGGCAACUCUGAAUGCAUAAAUAGGUGUGUGUGUGUGUGUGUGUGUGUGUAUGUAUAAGACCAGCUUUCUGCAACAGACACCUUGCAUGUGUGCACUUGCAUAAAUGCAGGUGUGUGUGUAUAUUCAAUAUUUUUAUGGUUGCCUCCUUCAUUGAAGUGAAUUUUUUCAUGCAGCACUGUAGAAUGGGACAAAAAUAUGUUGCAUUAUAGAUGUCUCUGUGUUCCUGUAUACCUGGCAGGAAUCAUACAUUCUCUCACCCUUUUAUUCUAAGCAUCAGGUAAAUAAGAUGCUUGAAAUAAGAGAUGCAGAAAUUCAUGCAUCUCAAGUUGUCCGUAAAAAUAUUUAUAUAGUAAGUGAACAUAGUGCUCAGUGUUCUGUGCACAGAUAAUAGUUGGUAUGCCCACAACACUUGAGUAUUCCCACCGUAUGCAAGGCGUAUGCUAUACCACUGAGCUGUUGGUCCUCUUAGGUUAUGAAGGAGCCAAGUGUUACGCUGCUCUGUUCACAACUGUGUUCUUGGGGUAAAUGUAUUUUCUGUUUUGAAGGACUGGUGUCAACUCUGCUGACUUUGUAUUAAUGUGUUUUCUUUCUGUUUGUACAGUCACAGGCCCGUCGGACACCAAGUCUUUCAAGCCUGAAUUCUCAAGAUUCUAGUAUUGAAAUUUCAAAGCUUACCGAUAAGGUACAGGCAGAAUAUAGAGAUGCAUAUAGAGAAUAUAUUGCUCAAAUGUCACAAUUAGAAGGGGGUGCCAGUUCUAGCACGGUGAGUGGUAGAUCUUCCCCUCACAGUUCAGCAGCCUUCUAUAUGGGCCAGAGCACAUCAACAGGCUCCCUUCAUUCCAGUGUGGAACAAGAUAAGGGAAAGGAUGCUGAGCAAAAGCAAGACGAUGGAAGGAAGUCCUUCUUGAUUAAACGGAAUGAUGUUGUAGAUUAUAGUACAUCAGGUGUGUCUACUAGCGAUGCGUCUCCAUUGGAUCCCAUCACGGAAGAAGAUGAAAAAUCAGAUCAGUCUGGCUCCAAACUUCUCCCAGGGAAGAAAUCUUCUGAAAGAACCAGCAUUUUCCAAGCUGCAGACCUGAAGCUGAAGGGUGUAGCUCUGCGCUAUCAGAAACUUCCAAGUGAUGAAGAUGAGUCUGGAACAGAAGAAUCUGAUAACACUCCCCUCCUCAAGGAAGGUAAAGACAGAAAAGUUGAAGGGAAAACAGAGAAGCAGCCCAAAUCUCCAGAACAUGGAUCUGAGCCCAUUCGAACCCUGAUUAAAGCAAAAGAGUACUUGACGGAUGCUCUUCUCGACAAAAAGGACUCCUCUGACUCUGGGGUAAGAUCCAGUGAAAGUUCUCCAAACCACUCUCUCCACAACGAUACAGAUGACUCCCAGCUCGAAAAAGCAAAUCUCAUUGAGCUUGAAGACGAUGGCCGCAGUGGGAAACGGGGAAUCCCCCUCAGCUUGAGUGGCCUUCAAGACGCAACCAUGGCACGUAUGUCAAUCUGCUCGGAAGACAAGAAAAGCCCUUCGGACAGCAGCUUAAUAGCCAGCAGCCCUGAAGAGAACUGGCCAGCAUGCCAGAAAGCCUACAACUUAAACCGAACACCCAGCACAGUCACGCUGAAUAACAACAGCGCCAACCAGCCAACCAACCGAGCUAAUCAGAAUUUUGAGGAGAUUGAGAGCAUGAGAGAGCAUUCUCAGAUCAUUUUGUGCCCUGGACCGAGUCCUAAUUCUGUUCCGGUACAAAAUGAUAACAUCAAAGGCGUGGCCCAUAAGCGUAGCCAGCGCUCGAGUUAUGCCAGGCUUUCGAAAGAUUCUUCUGAGCUCCUUACUGUUACUGGCUCUGAUGGUGCAGGCUUUGGAGAAGAGAGGGAAAGUAUUCUUUAA